GUUUUGGAUGUAUUCAAAAUGGCCACUGACCUGUAUCACAAAUAUAAAAAAACAAUUAAUGUUUUUGCUUUAACGACGAAAUGAAUAUGCUUCGCGACACCAUAGACUCACUGGCAAAAGAAUCAAGAUACGGAAGCUCCAUAGAUCGUUAAGAUAGUAAGUUUGUCUGUAGACGAAGGAUAGAUAUUAAUGCGGGCGGUAUUUGAUGAAUAAGGGUUUGUUUUGUCAAUACUUUAUGCGUGAAACAUUUCGCUCAGACGAAGCUUUUGCAGUGAUUUCGUGAUAAAUUUUCCGUAUUGAUAGAACGAUUAGUUUUAGUCACUCUGGUCAGAAAAUAUCGAUUCCGAAGAACCAAAUAUCUGCAAAUAUUGAUAUCAAGAAAUAGGUAUUCGAUCCUGCGCACACCCAGCUGGGACAGUCAUAUCAGUAGCGAUGAAUCUCUUUUUAUUAAGUGUAUAUUUUGUUAUUUCCGGCAGGACUGUGAAACAAGUGACCUGGGUGCAUUUGCUGAAAAAGUACCCCUGCGGAAGAGGAUGAAACUUUGGAUGAUUGAACCUAUCAAUUUUUUGAACUAUCAACUCACUGUAGAAGUUCUACCAGCACAACACACAACGUAAAUAAUUAGCUUGUUAUAUGGCAUGGCGGCUUUGAACAAUGGCAGCACAAUAAUGCCUUCUACGGCACCCCUCUUCAGUCCCACUUCUUCAACAAGCAAGGAUCAAGGUGGCCUAGUGUUUGUUGUCUUGUCAUGCUUGUGUGCAAGUUUAUGGGUGAUCUACAUCACAUUUUAUCAUUCUCGAGUUAUGGGAUACAUCCUCACACGACUGAUUAACUUCAAGUACAUAAAUAAUGGACAGUAUUUUAAAAUUGGUGAGUGUAACUGGCAGCCUUUUACUUAUCUGUAUCAUGUCUCAAACAAACAAUGCACCUAGUUCAUACCAGUCAAAGGCAAAGAGAAUUUUGAAUACACUGACUUUAAUUAAUCAGUGAAAGUUGCGUGACAGUUUCUCUUGUGGCAUCUUGUACCCUGCGAGCAGAGGCUACAUUUUCACUGUGUGAGCUGUCGUUCGAAAAGUAGCCUCUGCUGACAGCUGUUCAACUUUGUAUCAUGCAUGCGUGAAAUUUGUCACGUGAUUUGCAAGCGAAAUUAAUCGUCUGGUCUGUUGUGAAAUGGCAUGAGUUUGGCAGGAAUAAAAAAGUUGCAACAUCUCUGAUCGGUUAGGCAAGACUCACGGAAGACUCAUGCAAUGCUCUAAACUGGUCAAGAACAGGAAAAAACCCGUUUUUGAAUUUAUUUCUCCAGCUUUUUGGACAGAUUUGAAUGGUUGUCGGCAGAGGCUACUUUUCGCACGCCAGCUCACACAGCGAAAAUGUAGCCUCUGCUCGCAGGAUAGGCAUCUUGUGUCCUUAGGAGAUACAUGCCUCUUGAUAAAACAGGUAAAGUACAUGAGUGCAAGGCUGUGCUCUGUGAUUUCCAUUAAAAACUAAGAUUUUCUAGUCACCUGGGUGCAAAAGUUAGACAUCAGGAGCCCCAGAUGUUGCUAAAGCACAGCCUUGGAGUGAAUUGAGUUGGGGAAUGGUGAUAUACAAUGUAGAGGUAAGGAGGUUUGAGUGAAGGAGGAUUUGACAGAAAUAAUAAAACAGCUAUGGCUCAAACCCUGAUUACCAGAUACAAAGUUUGAGGCAUCAAAAUAAUGUUAAGCUACCAUACAUUCAACUAUAGCUUUUGAAGCCAAGGUUAAUCUUUCUUUAUGGACAGAUCUAUACUGCAGACAGCUUUCUAUUAAUUAGAGACGGGUCUCUUUACCCCAAAGAUGUCAAACUUGGGUACAUAAAGCAUGAUCACCUCUGUCGUAAUGCAGACACUUGGAUCGGUGCUCCAUUGUCCAUUUCAAGGAGGUUAAUAAUCUCAUUACUUCAUUAAUAUUUUUGGGACUGUAAUUAUGCCAGUGUUUGGGUCUGCCAGGAAUUACUGUAUGUGAUUACAAUAUUUACAUUGAAGUACAGUUAUUUUACCUUCCUUUCACAGGGUCAUUUUCCUUUUCGAUAUUAUCUGGAAAGAUUAUGUUUAGAGAUGUUGUGUAUAUAACACAGGAUCUGAGCUUUAGGUAGGAACCAAUAAUGUUCUGUGUUGUUCAUUCAUAUCACAUGGUGGUUUAAUAGUUCUUAAGAUGUACACUGUCUUGUACUUGUUUUCACCUGUUUGUCCGCAGCACUAGCACUUGAUGUGGCUUUAAACAUACAACAUUUUUCAUGACCAACUUACUCUAUUUUGCCUAAUUUAGUUCUUGUACAAGCACUACACAAGCUCUAAUAAGUAUCCUCCCCUGACUAAGCAUUUAACCGUCAGCCAAACAAGCAAAUUAGAACCCCACCCUUGUAAAGUGGCAUUCUCUGUCCCCUGAUUUUCUGUUAGUUAUAUAGGGAAGCCUCUGUUUUGAUUUUUAACGUCACUGGCAUUAAUGCAGAAGAGCCUUUCUUCUUCAUGAAGUCAGCUAGCGUGCACAUCACCAGCAAAGUUUUAACAAUAAGAAUAUUUUUUUGGGAAACCUCAGGGCUCAAAAUAAUGGCCAGUAAAGAGACACUUGAAUGGCCAAAAACUUCACUCGACGGUUACGUUGACCGUCUUGCAUGCGCUCUCAUUCUUGAAAAAACAGCCAAAUCCUAACCUAGAAAUCUUACAUUGUGUCUUCUUGUAAAAAAAUACAAUCUAGUAUACAAAUAGAAAAUUACACAAUUAGGAAAAGUCGCCUUUUCCCCCAAUAUUAGCGGUGAUGAAUGGUCCAUUAAAAUUUUUAACUGCGCGCAAAAUUUUACCUUUGCUCGAUUUGCUCGCAAAAUUUAAACGAGUGCCCUCUUGCUCGUGCUCCCCAAAUUUUUGCGUUGCUCGCAAGCUCGCAAAGCAAAUUUUUUAUUUCUGCUCGUGCUCGCAAAAAAAUCUCAGUGCUUGGCAUGCUCGCGAAUGCUCGCAAAGACCAUUCGUCACUCCUAAUAUUUUGACCAGUCAUAAACAAGACUUGACCGAGAAAAAAAUUUAUUUGGCCAUUCAUCUUAAUCCGGAACCUACUUCACCAAGAAAGAACUUGCGUUCUUUAGUAGGGGCCUCUUGUUCUUAAAGUUGUUUGUUUAAUUUUUAGGGUCAUUGAUGGAAUAGCAAUCUUCAAGUAUUGGUUACCAUAUAAACCAGCAGUUUCAAAGAAACCUUACCAGCUUGUCCCUCCAGAUAGUGGUGGGUACAUGUAAAUGUUCUCUUAACUGUGAUUUAAUAUACCAUAAAGUGCCACAAGUUACAAGUUCCCCCCAGUGAUAGGCCUAUCUACUUGUAAACAAAAAUACAUCCAAAUGUAAGCUCCCCUCCCCUCAGAUAUACGCUCCCUGAAAUGUUUUCAUAUGAAUUUGAUUUACUAUAAAGUUUUGAAGGUUAAUUAAAAACUAGUGAAUGCAAAACAUAUCUUCAAGCACUUUUUCUAUCCCACAACAACAACAACAAGAGCAACAACCAACCAUUUUAUUUGCCAAGUUAAAAAAGUUUACAAGAACAUAAUAAAUUAAAAGUGGAUCAGGCAAAAAAACUACCCAGAAUAGCAAAAACUAAACAAGCAGAGUAGUUACAAUAAUCAAAUUGCCUUCAAUAGAGUAAUCGUCACACAUAAAAGAUACAGAGGAGAAAAAAAAAAGAAUUAAAUUUUGAAGAAUAAAGUAAAUAAAUAUUGAAAUAAAUAAACAAGUAAAUAAAUAAAUAAAUGUUACUUAAUAAUUAAAAUAAAAUGGAAAAUAAAAUAUCAUUAACCCUUUAAGACCCAAGAGUGACCAAAAUCAAUUUUCUCCUAACAAUAUCCAUACAUUGUCAAGAGAUUAGGUUAUGAGAGGUAAUAAAAUGAUCACCAAAGAGAAAAUGCCUUUAUCAUUUAUUCUCUCAACACAUUCUUUAAGGAAAUGUAUUGAGAUCAGUUUGGAGAAUUUGUAUGUGGAUAUUGGGUCUAAUUAAAGGGUUAAUGACAAAAUGUCUAAGUUUAAAUAGGAUGCCAAUGCUUCUUGAAAUUUUCUUACCCACCUCAUUUGCAUGUUUUUUUUUUCCAUGUCAAAUAACAAUCAAUAAUAAGACCUACAAUCGGCGACAAAAAUAGUUAAGACACCUUGCCCUAAAGGGGCUUCCUGACAUUAUACCAACUUUCAAAGGAGAAAAUAAAGCUUUUCUUCUGCUGCACAGGCUUGCCUGAAAUUUUUAAUCUGAUAGGUUGAGGUUUUCUCUGAGGAUGGCAAAAGUUCUCAAUAAUUGUGCUUAACCAUACAUGUAAACCCCCUUGGAUACAUCAUGUAUAAGCCCCUCCAACAAAGAAGUUUUAGCUUAGGGCUAAAAAUUGGCAGUUUGUGGUAGUUAUGCUCUCCCCACUGUUUGAAAGCUUGUAUGCAGAUUAACUUGUUUGCAUCUCUACAUCAUCAUAUAAGACUGAUAGAUAUACAUGCCAUUGGUUAUUUUCUUCCAAACAGAUAGCAAUGUCAAGCAUCGACUUAUAGUGAGUCUAAAUGGCCUAGAAUACCAUGUUUACAACAGGUGAAAAUGGAUUUGAUUUAUAAUGAAUUCUGCAUUGCAUAAUUUAGAAAAGCUGAAAUAUAAUAAUCUCAUAUACAUGUAUGACACUUCAAAAAAAAAAACAAAAAAAAACAAGGAUUAAUACAGGUCUGUAAAAAUUUUAAGAAACAGGUAUGUACAUGUGAUAUGUAUUUUAUCACUUUUUUUAUUUAUGUUUUAGGUCACACUUAUACAAUAAACUUGAAGAGCUUUUCAGAGUUGAAAGAUAUGGAGGUAAGCAAUUAGUUUUGGCAAAAAUGGCCUUCUUUCCCCUUUUUUGUUGCAUGUAAGCAUUAUAUCAAGAUCAUAAUAAAGUUGUUGUCAUCAUUACGUCUGUACUCACCAUGUUACCCCACUUUUAACAGACCACUGUGACAGUGUGUUCUCUGUAUGUAAUCACAUAGUCUAUACUACGCUGUAAGUUACAUCUACAUGUAUGAUUUAGAUGAUGUUGUACAGAUGUACAUUCAAUAUUGUUUGGUUUGAUUAUCCUUGACUAGUGCUAGGAAUGUGAUCCUUAUUUAUAAAAUCAUCUUCGAUAACACUAAUAAAAUUAAUAUUGUUUUCAAAAUUUCAUAAGAUGCUGCCAAAUCAGCCCAGAAUAUUUCUGCCAUAAAUGCAGCUGCAGAACCAAAGGCUGAUGUUGAGAAGGGGUGAGUCCUGUGUUACUUUUGCAAAGAUACCAGGGAAACUCAGCACUUGGGAAAAAAGAGAAACUUGAAUUCCAGAGCAGCUCUCACAGUUUCUUGCCUGGGGCCACAUCUUACUUAAAUCUUAGUUAAUGAUUUUGUUAGAGGAUGACUUAUGUGGACUCUUGCCCAUUGGGCUAGUAAGCUUUCAAAAAGUUACUUGCUCAGCAAGAAAAUCCUCUUGUCCCAAACGAUCAUACGGGUCUUUUUUCGAGCCCUGAAAUUAUGAUGUGUAUCUCAUUUUGUGGUCAAGACAAUUAAAUAUGUGUUAAAUAAUAAAAAAAUAGUAAUAAAAUAGAAAAUAAAUAAGUAAAUAAAAUGAUCUGUCUGCCUGAUCUCAGUCAGAAUGGCCAUCUCAUGUAGGGAAAAGAGACAAAAGAGGUACAGUGUAAAUUAAUGGUUAUUAAAGCAAGCUAAGGGAGAAUGUAUUUGCUGUGAAGAAAAGAAGGGAUUGAUAUUGAACAUAGUGGUGUUGUUGGCAGCAUUUUGACUGUUAUAAUAAAUAAUCACUUUUAAAUGUAAGAUUAAAAAAAUUAAUGAAAUUAAACACAUAUCGUCUUGCAGUGAAAGCACAAGGAAAAGUCCAGGAUCUCAGAUUGUUCUUUGUUGCCUGCUCUCAUGAACCGUUUCAUAUCAAUUUCAUUAGCAGAGUUAUCUGUUUUGAAAAUAUGCAUCUUACAUUCUUUAUAUCAGGAAAGAGGAUGUUUCUGCCAGUGGACUGCCAUCAUGGCUCCUUGAGCUGGUUCCAGCAGUCAAAUAUGACAUCAACAAUGUAAGUUACUGGUUCCGUGCAUGACUGUGUUACUGUCAACAGUGUGCUGGCAUAGGAUCGCCCUCAUGAAAAAAAGGAAAUAACCAAACAAACCAAUAAAAAUAACAUAAUACACCAGCAAAUACAAAUAAUUUAAUAAUUUUAUUCCCUAGUCCUGCUGUCCCUCUAAAAUAAUGGUUUUGGGUAGCUACUUUGAUUUUCUCAGCUACUUUGAUUUUCUGUUUUUGUCGCAGGGGAGAGUCGCAUUUGGAAACAAAUUAUUGGAGACAACAUUGUGUUUCAAAUUUGAAAGCGCCUCAGGAAUCUACACUACAUCUCAGGUAGAAACAUAAAGUGAAUCAAUAAGUAACUCUUUCCCAUGCUACAUCCCAACAACAGUGAUUUUAACUGUCUUUGUUCUGAACACAAUUGUUAAAUUUUGUAUCACUAAGUUGAUGACUUCAUGUUGUUGUAAUAUUUCUUAUUAUAGUAAUUAAGAACAUAUUAAUGUCUCUUUUGUUUCCUUUGAUAGGCCAACUCUUCUCUAGAUGAGUUUAUGCACAUCAUCAAGUUCCAGGGAAAAAAUGUCCGAGUCAUGCUGUCUCCCAGUCCAUCCUAUAAUGGACCCCGAGAUGAGUAAGAACACAGUACAUGUUGAUUUACCUUUCUGUUGUGAGACACUGUAAUAUAGUAGUUUAAAUUAAAUUCUUACAUAGUACACCGUAUAAAAUUGAAGUUAGAUUUUUCCCAGCGACUCUCCCUGAUUAUCUGAGAGUCUCCUGGCCAUGUAUAGGGACUGAAUUUCCUGGUCUUCUGUGUGGGUCACCAGUAUCCUCAACAAAAAUUGACCUUUUAGCUCUUUUGCACUAUAAAGACAGGAUGGAAUUUACAGUUUACUUAUUGAAUAAAAAUUAAAUGCGACCAACAAAAUUAUUAUGUUCAUGUUAUGUAUCUACCUCAUAUAUGUUUAACACAACAAAUGAAAGUGAUUUGAGGACUGGGUAAAGUUGUGUUUGUUUGUGUUCAGUCAGAUCUCCAGUGUCCAUUGAAUAUUGGUUAAUUAUUUAUACUUUCUUUUGAACAGACCUCCUCGUUACAUGGGGGAAGGAUUUGUGGUUCUUGAAACAGCAGAUUGCAAAAUAACAUACUACCAAGAUGAACCAGGUCAGAUGAUUCAUUCAAUUUUAGCCUGUUAUUUCUAUUUACAUGAGCUGUUGCAUGAGGCCUUCAGGUCUUAAGGUGACAUUGUCCAGAGCUUUUUUCUGUCGUUGCCGUUUCAUUUUUCAGCAAGUAGACAGGCAGUUAAAACAGUAUCAUGUGUGAAGAAAGGAAGAAAGUACAUUGUAUGCUUCAUUGCAGAGAUUGUAAAUUGCUUCACCGCUAUUUUAUAAAAUCAAUCAGAUAUAAUUUUUCCUUAACUGGGUGCAACGAAAGUUGGUUUUACAUGUACCAGCCCCAAGAGUCUUUAAAGCAGCCCCAAAUAAUUUUUCAUGGGCAGCAUUGAUUACAGUUCUUCUGUAUUUUAAAUUCCUUCUCCCCAACCCCCCCAAAAAAAAAAAAAAAAAAAACCACUUGCCCUUGGACUAAAGAACUUCACUAGCCCAAUUUAAAAAAACACCAGCCAUUGAACCGAGUCUUAAACUAGAUUGUAAAGCCCUCCUCCCUAAAAAGAGCCGUUGAAAAAGAGUCAUAAUCCUCUUCAAGUAAUUAACCUUGUCAUGUCCACUGAGGAAAAUGGUUAGUGCAAUGUUCAUUAUUAUGCCUUACACUGUAUACAGCUGUAUAUUGUAAAGCUUCAGUUUGAUGGAGUUUGAAUCUGUAACUCCAGGUAAACAUUUGAUGCUCUCACUACUGAAUUGCCAGGAGACUGAGCUAGAGCAUUUACCAAGAUCACUUGCUGAAUUGAAUUCUUAAGGAUAAACUUAUUUAUUUCUUUGAAAAUACGUGUAUUAUUUUCAUUUCAUUAGUUAUCUUUUAUACUUGUGUCAGGUGUUGCACCUGAAGUGAUGGCCGAGAAUGAAGCUGAAUUACCCGACAGUGAUCCACACUGGGGCAUUGAUGUCGUCUUCUUGAAAAAUACCACACUGUGUUAUGGUCCCUGGGUGGACAGACAGAGGUGAUGUACCGUAACUACAUGUACUCUACUAUAACCAUACUUAUCCACCACUCACACCACACACCAGGGGACAAGUUGCAGCAACACUUUGCAGCAACAGAACCGUCUUCUUUUGUGUACAGGUCUGGCAACUAGUUGCAGCAAAAAAUCGUUUGUGUGUACUGAAAAAUGUUUGUGAAGAUCUUUGUCUCUGCUACAUAGUUUUGUUGCCGUGACAAGUCACACAAAUUGUGUCUGAUUUGAUUUUUUUGCGUCAUGUUACAUCAACAAAAUUCUGUUGUAGAGACAAAGAAUUUCGCAAAAAUUCUCCUGUACAAACGAAGCGAUUUGUCACUGCGAUGUGUCGCUGCAGCAUGGUGAUUCACCUUGUCUUGUGACCUGUAUACAAGUAGUGAUCUGUCGCAACUACAAGUUGCUGCUACAGUGCCCUGGUUGCCCGACCUGCACGAAAGGAAUGAUCUGUCACCAAAGACAUGAUUGUUGCUGCAACUUGGCCUCAUUUUGAAAGUGAAGGUUUUAGGAACUCAGAAGUGGCUUAUUUUCCCUAGGACUCUGACCUGUCAAUAAUUGACAGGUGAACUUGAAUUAUUCAAGUCAGUCUUAAGCUCUGUUUAAUGAUUGAUUUAAUGCUUGUUUUGUGUUUUCGUGCCAACAGAGAUGCAUUGCAGAAGUUUUUUUACCCAUUUGACUACCAAGAGCUUUCCACCACAAAACCCCUUGAACCGGGCCAGAGGCGCGUUCACACUGGACUGGAUGUCAAAUUCACCUUCGAGUGUGAUACUACCCUAGAUAUUUUAUUCUCCAAAAACAGGGUAUGCGCUGCUAUCACGUUUUCAUCCAGAUUAAAAGGGAUAGAACCUGGGUACUUAAAAAGAACAACCACUUCCUGGAAGCCAUAGGCGAUAUACGUGUAGUUAUAGUAACUUUUACCUUGCUCAAGAAGUGCAGUGGAAAAUUUAGACUCUGUAAUUUAUGAAAUAAUUUUCAUAUGCUAUGCUACUAUUAAAAAGGUGUUUUUCAAAAUUAAUAGGAUACGAGCUUCUUUUGUGAAGUUUCCUCCUGAAGAUGUACUUCAAGUUUCACUUUACACCGAUCGCCACCAGGUUAUCAAGAUGAAUGUGUACUGGAAAAAAGCUCGCAUGCAUCAUCAUUCUCUUUACAUGUAGUACAAUCAUUUUUUUAGGGGUUCAUAUUCUUGAACAUGUAUGGUAACCAGUCAACUGGCUACCAAACCAUCUCGCCAACAACAAAGUCGCCAUCAAGAAGUAGACUCGCCACCAAGACACAAUCUACUCAUCCAAGAUUAAACGAUAUCUUAUACGAUAACCCCUGUCGACCAGUGGAUUGUUAUGCCCAUGGUGCUUGACUUGCUCACAAUCUUCCAAGAUGUGCAAGCUGCACGGUUGGUGCGAGUUGGUUGGCUGCGAGUUGACUUCUUGGUGGCGAGUUGGAUGGUGGCGAGAUAACCGUAAACCUCUUGUAUAUAUGUUGUUUAAACAGGUCACCAAAGCAGUUCACCUCUGUGUAGUGUCAGGUUCCCUUGUACGAGUUUACCAGCCCUGGACUGUGAAUGAAUAUGGUUACACCACCUCAGUUGUGGCUAAAUUAUUUCAAGUUGAGGCCACAACCAGCCUUGCAUACAGACAGCUUAUUGAAGCGGAUGCGAUUGAUGUAAGAGGAUACAAUACGUAGUUGCCUUUAUUCUUUAUACAUACAUAUUAGGGACCUUGACAUCCGAGGAAGACAAAGGCGGCAAAAACGUUCUUUCAUUUAUAUUUGGCCUCAGCUGGCCUUAAAUACCCAUGAAACGGAGCAUUAGCGCGAUUGUCCAGGUUUUGAACUUUUGUUCUUUAUUUUUUUAUUGUUGCUGUUGGUGUCGUAUUCAGUUGCAAUUGAGUCAUUUAAAAAGUAAAUAAUGUGUUAAACUGGUAGAAAUAAGCGUCUUUUCAUUAUUCUAGAUUGCAUUUCACAUGUCGUUCCCUCGCGUUUGGAACCAAACACAACACUGGUCAUGUGACGUAACCCUAAGCAAGGUUACAUGGAGUUUUAUCUUUGCUCACAAGUUCUUUUUCCAAGGUUAGUCUUCAGUGUCUUAGCUGUAAUACUAAAAGGAAACUGGGACGAGUUAACUUUCGCAGAGAUUUCUGGGAUUGUUACUCGGGACAGGGCAAACAAAUUGGCCAAUAUAUAGAAGCUGAAUUGUGCGUCUACAGUAACAAUACCAGAAGUCUUUGCGAAAGAUAACUCGGUAGGCAACUGUUUUAAAUUAGUAAGUAGCUCUUUGAUCUUUUUGAUGUUCACUUGCUGUUUUUUCUUUGCAGAAAUGGUUGACGACUGGACUAUGAACUACAGGCCUGAUCUUUUAACAUUUGUUCCUUAUGAGUGGUCGUUUAAUAUCAUAUUACGAGAUUUUGAGAUGGUUUGGCUUGGAAAUCAGCACAAUUGGAUUGAAUGUGCAUCCAAUCGACAAGAGAAUGGUAUGUUUCAAACAUGCUGAAAACAUCACAAGAUCAACUCUGAUAAGUUGUCAUAUUCUGAAUGACAAUCCAAGGCUUGAUGUCUCUUGCGAUAACCUGCUAAAACCCGAUCAGUAUUAAAAGGUUAAUUCAAAGCUUUCGCUGACAAGAUACGAAAAGUCCACAAUAAUUCACUUUCCCAUACACUACUUUGAAAUCUGAAUGACAUGCGCAGUAAAUCUAAAGCUUAAAAAUAAAUGCGGAGGAGAUCAGCACUGUUAAAUACGCAGCUUAUGCCAUCGAAAAAGAAUGCCUGAAAAACAGUUAUAAUAACUCUGGCUUCCCUCGGUUAUAUCUCAUCAUGGCAAAUUUAAGGCCUGUUUGGUUUGAGAUACAGGCGUUUUCCAUCAAAAGUCAAGAUGACCGAAUAUUGGCCAAGUUCUCAGUCUUUUUCUGCGUUUUUGGGGAACGAGACUUCAACAAAAAUGCAGAAAAAGAGGAACGAAACCAACAUCAAGUAAUGUAUAGACGAAACAAACUUAGUCAAUAAAGGAUUUAUCAUAUGGCCCUGAGAACGUUUUUCCUGCGGCACUAACUGAGCGGAAUCUUGCCCGCUCCGGCGCUGAAUCAACCAUAUGAUAACACUAAUUUGCUUUGCGAACUUUUCCUUGCUUCCCAAGCGUUUGUGGAAUAACACGAGUUAGUUCAUUUGUUUAGAGAUAAUACUGAUGAAAUAUGUUAUGUUCACUUGCUAUUUAUUUUUUCAGCCGAGCUGGCAUUUUGUGGCGAAGUGUUUGAUUUAACCUUUGUUCUGCAAUACUUUCGGUUUAUUCCGGAAAUUGAGGAGAUCAAGUUCUUCUUACAGGUUAGUCCGGUUUUCUGCGACCAGGAAGGUUGGGAAGGGGCAGGGGUUAGCUGUCGCGUCCUCCUCUGUACUUAAAGAGGGGGCUCGGACAACAACGACGACAUUGGUAGUGAAAUCAUAACAUCUUAAGAACAUCGGCGUUCUUUCAAACUUCUUGGCGAUUAUUUCAGGUAGCUGAAUUUGUUAAAUGCUGUCGAUGUUCGGGUUGAAUUGCAAUGGUCAUAAUUAACGCAAGUUAAUUAAGAAUAUUUGUGUUUGGGUGUUCACAUGUUCCUUGAAACGUCGUAUGAGGCCAUUUCGGUUCGAUGUCAUGCAGUAACGACAAAGAAAUGUACAAAGUGAGUUGCAUGUGCAGAGUCGUUAGUUUGUUUAUUAAUCAUUACUACGUUGAUGUCUCCGUCGUCGUAGAAAAAGAUUCUUUAGCAGUUACAAUCAAACUUACAACAUGGUUACUGUUUCAAAUAUAUCAAACCGAACGUAGUUUAAUUAACUGUUUCGCACUAUUUUGUGUAGUCUUGGAUCAGCCUUCUUUUUCCCUUCGUGUUAUUCGCGCUAGAUCUGUCAACCAAUCACAAUUACAAAGAAAUCAAUUCAAUAAUCGUUUUUCUUGUUCCAUAUUUAGGCUGAGAAGUUAGUAGCCAGAUUGUUUCUUCCGGAAUCAAACACACUUAGACGUAGCUUUCUGUCAUUGGCUCGGACUUCAGAGAAGAAGAAAGAACUUGGUCUUCGAUCACGCUCCUCUACCACCACUGGAAACUUAGAUGAAGCAGUGGAAAGUGCUGAUGAACAGCCAAUAACAAGCACAACUGAGGAAACAAUAAGUGGCGGCUGGAGGCGUCAUACAGACCACAGUCUUGGUAAGUUGGCUGGAGGUUUACAGGGUCUACUGAUUAUUGGUGAAGAUCAUGAGAAAGAACUUCUGUUGUAUACUCAGCUUUAGGGUUUGAAUCGUUUUCUCUUUUUUGCUUUCGGUUACUAACACAGACCAGAGUCUUGGUACGCUGGCUUGAUUUUUUUUGGCUUUUUUUGUUUGUAAAAGUGGGAAAGAACUUCUGUGUUGUACGAUGUAUUUGUCUCGGCAUAUUGGUUUCAAGCUGUUUCACUUUGUUUGCCGUCGGUUAUUUACACAGACCAGAGUCUUAGUGAGCUUACGCGAAGUAUUUUUGGGGCUGUUCAUAUUUAGUAAAGUGGGGAAGAACUUUUGUAUACGAUGUGUCGCCUCGGAUUGAUGGUUUCAAGCUUUUUCAAUUGUUGGUGUCGAUAGCAAAUAAGAAAUACAGGUUAUAUGUUUAUGUCAAAUCUCUGAACUCAAAUGCAAUAGGAUUGAACGACGCAUGUGGGAGUCACGUAAAAUAUGACUCUUGACACAUUUGUUUUGAAUAAUAUCGAAAGUUAAAAGUGCUAUAGGAUAGUUUGCGACAGAAAUGGUAUUGAAGUGCUUUGAUUUAGAUGGUCACCAGCCUGCGAGGAAGCUCUCCAUUUGGAAGAGUCGCGCGAAUUCACACGAGAGCCGCCCGCAAAAUAAGAAGCGAGCUGCAGUGGGCGGGUCGGGGAAAGAAAGAGAGUGCUCUCCUUCUCCUCCCUCCCUUGCGCCCUUCAUGGCUUCGCCUCUCGCUGGCGGGUUCUUUCGUGGCUCGCAAGCCAGAUGUUCACAUCACAGAAUUAUUUGUGUCAACGGUAAUUUUGAAUUUCUUGUUCUUGUUUGUAUGCCAAAGUGUAUCGACAAUUCUCUUUAGCAGUGGAAAGAAAAUGUUGCCAUGUGAUGUCUUUUUAUAGGAUGGGUUGAUGUGAUGUCGGUACCUAUUCUGGGUUUCUCUCUGGGGUACAUGUAUCACCCCUUGUAUCCCAGCCCCAAGAAUGAAGUGCCCCGUGGAGCACCCCUACCAUGUGACCCUACUCAUUGGGAACCUGAUGUCAUCAGCUUGGAACUUGAAGCUGGGCCCGCAGCGUUAAGGAUGUUUGGAUCAUUGAUGUCAGUGCUUGCCGCUAUCAAGGUUUGUACUAUUCGUUCAAAUUCCGAAUUAGGAAUUCUUUAUGGUUUUAUGCGAUAGCAGGGUUUUUACGGCUUGCCAUUCUGGCGAGCUGGCCAUUCGGGCAAGCUGUAGCUAGCAUGUAAAAGCCUGAAUGUCAUUUCAGCUAGUUCGAAAAAAAUUGUUGACGAGCAGGAUUGAUUACAGUUCUUCUGUUAUUUUAAUCUCCAAAAAACUUCACUAGCCCGUCGGGGAAGGUAAGAAGAGAAUCCAUUAGCCCGAUGGCGGCAAAGUUCACUAGCACAAGGCUAUCGGACACUACUGCACAUUGUAUAGGGUGAGCAGUAUAAGAAGGAAGGGAGGAACAGAGAAGUUGACAGUGGUCGCGGAGAGGAAAGUUAAUCUUUGGAAGCACUGGGCUAUUGCCCGCGCUGCUAGUUGAAAUAAAAGUCCUUUUUGUGCGUUUCGCAAACGCUUCGUGUCAUAAAAGAAAGGGAGGGUAUAUAGGUUAGGGGAGGGAAGAAGAAAAGCUUGAUGUCGAACCUGCUGCGUUACCUGUGGUAUGAAGUCUGCUCCAAGAACAGAUUACAAGGCUUGACGUUAACAGGUUGCUGGGUGAAGGUGAACUUGAUAGUCAGAUGUGUUCUGUGUUCUGUCCAACUGGAAGAAGUGGGAGGCGUUGCUUUCGUCUGCGAAAAUUAGGCAUGAAUGUAAAAGAACUAAGACUGCUUGAAAGCCUGAUGGUUAGCAGAGAGGUGUCGUGGUUUGUUUGUCUUUCUCCUCCUUUUCACCUGAGUUGGCCUACCGGGGGUCCUGUGACUUAUCGAUGACGUCACUACACACCUUAUGCGAAUUGGCCGUUGCGGCUGGCAAGUCACGUGGUAUGCGGGAGAGCAAAAAAUACUUGCUAGGACGUACCACGUGACUGACCAGCUGUAGAGGGCACACUAGGGAGUUUAAGAUACAGAGACUACGGACUACGAACUACGGCUGGACGAGCGUUGUCCUUUGUUUGUAGCACUGGGUUGAGUCGUGCAAAUAUAGAACGUUAAGAUUGCACUACAGACAGUAGGCUACGAGAGAAGAGGCGGAGAGGGAAACAACACGCAAAGAUUUUCUUGUUUUCAUCACAGUUUACAAAAAUGCAAGUCAGUUUUGCAUGUGAUCUUAUCUUUAGAACAAUGAACAAAUUCUUCCAUUAUUGAAGGAAGCACUGAAUUACAUCGGGUGAAAUUGGUGAACAAAGUUUUGGUUACACAGGUUUUAUUUUUUUCGCCCAUGAAUACUUAUGUCAAAUAUUAAAGAAAUAGACAGAAAUAGUAACAGCUCAUUUAUUAGAUUUAGAAGAUGGACUUCUCCGACUACUGAUCUGAUGUAGUUUGAAGUAUUGAAAUGCCGAGAUUCGAUUGUCUCGAAGAUGUUGACAUCAUUUUCAUUCAGCAAAUACGAUACAAAAACUCGCAUUAACAAAGGUUACACAACUAGAAAGACACACUAAUCAGUUCGAACAAACAAUGAAACUUUUCAAGUGCGAAGAGAAAGUAAAUUACCUGCAUGAUUUCUCUUCUCCUCGGCCGUCAAUCUGAAUUCUGCGUUAUAUAAACAGCUAAGCGUAUUUAAAUAUGAGCUUAGCUAGAUAAAAAUGUAGUCACAACAGUGGAUUAAAAGCGUAAAUCUGAGCAGAAAUUAGACACAACUUACAUAUUUCGCUUCCCUCUCACUUAAAGCAGUUGAAUUGAAAACUUUUUUACGAAAAGACGAGAUUCUUGAAUCACCGAGACGGCGAAAUACGAGCAAAAUGUUCUCCGUAGUCCCGACUACGCGAAACAGCUCAACAACUCACCGUAGCCGGACUGUCCCGUAGCCGCAGGACUACGCCGGAGAAAUAAACAGUCACGUGGUUUUGAUCAUGCGCAGUAGCGUGUUUAACCGUAGUCGUAGUCCGUAGUCGCCGUAUCUUAAACUCCCUACUAUUAGGAGACUGCGAACAGAAGCAAGAGUUUGGUUAAUUUGUUUGAGAAACAUUGAUCAUUCAUGCUUACCCCUCCAGCGUAAUUCGCUAACUGCUGUAUUUCUUAUCGUUUGGAAAACAGGAAAACUACUUCGGUAUCAAUCAGGAUUUUAAAGAGCUUGGUGUGAAGACAAAUCCCGAAGAGACGACCCUAGAGGGAACCCUAGGCAGUGGUAAUAGGGAUACUAUCAACCUACAGUCGUUGAGGCCAAUGGAAGCUAACAUCUUUUUGACGUUGUAUGAUAUGAAGGUGGAGCUAACCAAGGUAACUUGAACGGAUUUUAUCUUGUAGGUUCUAUCCAAAGUAAAACUAUCGUAGUGGUUGAUCUCUUUGAAGGAUCAACCGUUAGAGAUUCAGUACCCCCCAGGUCUGGAAGAUAAACACAAGAACUUGAUGGUAUCAACUGACUUGACAUGUUCGUGUCGAGGGAGUUACCACUUAGUUUUCGCGUCAUGUUAUGUUCGCGACGCCCAUUGUUCGCGUCACUUUAAUUUCGCGAUUUGUGUUAAUUUGCGAAAUCAACGUGUCGCGAAUUUUUCAUGUACACUGUAAUAAGGUAUGCCCAAGCAAACCCGUGAAACGAACACUGGAGGACUAAGGAGAGGGAAGCAAUACUUGUAUUAAAUCUUGGAACGAAUUAUGACUGUGAUUGUCUUUAUCACUGGGCGUCGCCUGAAGAGACAAAUGGUGGUUUUAUGAGGAAAAGGAGAGUAAAGCAAAAUGUGUUUCGUGGAACGACCUUGUCAUUGUUGUGUUUUCCGUAAGUGUUUUAGCAAAUUGAGAUAGAUUUUUAGGCGAAGGUAGCUCCUGUGCCUAGCAGUUUGCGGCAGAACAAUCAUGCACCCCUAGAAGAGAAACCUGUCAGCUUACACACUGAUGAGACAGUGAGAAUAACGCUACAACUUAUUUCUGUUUGUGUUUGUUCCUUGCAGCACUGUGGUGCUAGUGAGCCGUCUAGUCCGCUGAUAUUAAUGGAAAGAUUGUCAUUUGAGAUGCAUAAGACGUACACGGAAACACGACUGCAACUUCAUCUCAGCCCUGCAACUAUAGUGCUUGCAGAUAGAAACGAGGUAAACUUUCGUCCAACAACUAAUUGUAAUUGCAAGAAAAACGUUUUUUUCGUAUACUAAAAAUCAAGUACUGCUAAAGAGGCCUCUUUGGAUUGGUCACACCAAAGGAUUUCGUUCAGACUAAAACUUUUAGAACCAAAUGCUUAAUAAAACAGUACCAAGCGAAAGUACUGCUGAAGAAGUUCCAUUUGAAUGGUCACACCAACAGCGUACUGAAUAAAUAGUACCACGUGAAAGUACUGCUGAAGACGUUCAAUCAUAAAUGUGGUCAAAUCAUAGGAUUUCGUCCACAGACUCAAAAGAAAGUUAGAACUUCGUGUUAGGUAGAUAGGCCCACGGGAAAGUAUUGCUAGAGAGUCAUGCCUUAGGAUUUUAUCCACAGACUUAAAACCUCAUACAUACCCAAUAAAUAUGCAAGUGUUAACCACGUUGGUUUUCUUUUUAACGCAACAGCGUGGAAUCGUGAAUCACAAUCUAUCGCAAGGCCAUCUAAGUUUAUCCGGAUUUCAGCUCCGUGGACACGCCAUGUUUUCAGGGCUGGAUCGCCCCCCAGACUGUGAAACGUUAGAAUACGCAUGGCUUGUAGAGAUUCAGCUGGGCAUACUGUCUGGCAGGCUCACCAUGCCACAGGUAAUGUACGUCGUGAAAACGUCGUGUACUAGACAAACAAUUACAGAAGAACUGUUUUGAUUUUUACAUUAUCUUGUCUGCGGUCGACAUGUUCCGGUGUGCAGUUCUACUGUUUAUUAUCUCAGUAUUACUUUAAAUUCCCAGGCGUUCAUACUCCAGAAGCAUUGUAGUUCACGUAUAAAGAAAGACACGAGCUAUAAAAUUACAUUUUAGUAAACACCCAAAGUUAGAACUGAUUUCCCACGAUAUUGACAGCAAUCUGCAGCAAUUAUGAUAUAAUUUUAAAGAACUAAUACUGGUGUCUUGGUCGGUGUUGCACUCAUGCCGGUUAGUUGUAUCUUCUAACAAAAGACGGUGACUGUGCCGUUGAUCCUUGUUCUGCUAUACCAUACUACUUAUGCGUGACUACACAUUUGUGCUACUUAAGUUGACAUUAACAAGCUAUUUAUUAAAUUUUUCAGCUACAAGCUAUAGCCAACUGGGCACAGACAUUUGCCUUCCAUGCCGUAAACAAAGAAAACGACUUAAGGCCCAGCACUCCCUAUGUUCAGUGCAUUCACGGUAAACAGCAGAACGUGUGCGAGAGAAGGCACCAGAAAAGGAAGGUGCUGCGAAGCGUGGACCUCGCUGCAGACGCCAAUGAGAGGACAUCAGUAAAAGGGACUUUGGAUAAGACCAGGGACUCUUUAAAGUUGUGUAUACCUGAGGAUGACGUAAAAUAUCGACUGACUAGAGUGUCUUUGGAGAGGUUCAAUUUAUUUCUGGUGGAGACAGGAUGUGCUUGUAAUCUUGAGGUAAGAGCUCUGUGUUUGUUCAAAAAAACAAAAUUGGCUUGUAUGCAAGACACGACGUUUUUUAGUUGAAGUAAAAUUUUUGGACCUGUUUUCCCUUUAUAUUGUUCCCUUUUUUCUACACGAUAAAUGUCAGCAAAGGUCAGUGAGCCUGCUGUUAGUCAGCGGCUCAUAACAAAGGCGCAUUGCAGGCCUAUUGUAGCUUACGAAGAGUUGGGCACAGGAAGGCAAAAUUAAAGAGCUCGAGCAAGCAAAUGUAGAGAACCAUUAGUACCCACAUUCCUUUUGUUGGUAAUCCACUGACGGCUGUAUAACCUGUAGAUUGUUGAAUGGUUUUGUAUGAUUAAGCCGUUAGGCAUUGGGCAUUGUAGUGUAUUAUGCAUUCGUUGCGUACCAACUCUAGUUUACCCUUAGUACAAGCAGUUACUGUAAAAUCGCGAUUUCUCGAACCCAACUUCCAACCUUCUGAUAAUUUAAACAAAACUAACUUCCUUUCUACAGUCAAACACUGCAAUUUUGACCACUUUUCCAGGAGGUUCGAAAGGUCGGGAUUGACUUUUCUGGUUUUCUCCUUAUUCUUUGAACAGGUUUUUCCCGUCAGACUGGCUACAUGUAGUCUUCACAGUUCAGAGUCCAGUUCAGGCAUGAGCCUGUUUGUUCAGACGAUCAAGUUGCGACAGUUUGUUUGCACUCCUUGGCCUGAGAACUCUCGGGUUACUCUCGGUGAAGCCCGUCGACCUCUAUCCUUAGUAGAAAACUCAGCCUGGCUUGAAGCUGCUGUGGUACAGCUUGGUCCAAUAGUGACAGACAUCUCCGCUGCUACCUCCAAGCCUGAACUUCAUCUCGAGCAAAAAGACUUUCUUGAAAUGCACGAUGCUAAAUUCCAGCGGUUGUGGUUUCUGUGGCAACCACAAGAUCAGUUACCCGGCAAACUGCACGGAGUGUGCGGUUGCACAGGCGGUUGUAACUUCUUCGGAAAGAACGUUAACGGGCCACGAUUCUUUACCGCUGAAAAAUUAGACGCCAGUGAAAACGAUACAGGGAUGGAUGGUUUUGGAAGCGAGACUGGUUUCUAUGACGAUGGUGACAUUGUAGAUAGUGGCGCAAGGCCUUUGAUGUAUUCUCGCAGUGCUGACUUAAAUGCCCUGGAAUCGAAUUACUUUGAUCGGACGCCUGUUGGAUCAAUUGAGGCUUUUACGCGCCGGCGAUACACUGCAUCUGGGUCAGAGGGAAGCUCUCCAAAAGUAAGACGAUCGAUGCAAACGCAGACAAACAAGGAAGCCUACAUUGAUCUUGGAAUCGGUAAGAAGACACACUUGUUGUUCUUAACCAGGUGAUUUUUCAAUGGAGUCUCCUAAAAUCGAGACGGAAAUAAUUACUAUGCGGGUAUGGAGAACCAAGGGAAGCUGGGAAGAGGCAGGUUAUUAUCAGGGGAAUCUCUUGCACCGGCGAGGUUUUAGCUUUGAAGUGCAUUGAGGUCAGAAAAGAGGCUUUUCCCAAAAGCAUUUUAACCUUUCGCAGCCAGUUGUAACAUUUGAUCUAUACGGUACAUUGUUGGCCGAGGAUUCAGACAUUUGCAGACCCUGCCUAUGGAGACUUGUUUGCAUAGCCAACACGACAAUCAUGUUACCAAAGCUUUGCAUGUUUUACUCGCGGAGGCAGCGUGGAUUCCGCUCCAGCUCAGAUUAUAGUUGUUUUUCGGUAGCCCCGAGUUAAGAACUUUGUUGAGUCACGCUUGUAAUUAGCCAACUGGUUUGCCUCCGGCUAGUUGGAUUUCAACUUGCUUUGUUCAAUUAAAACUUUUGCGACUUUUUUCAGCCGGAACCAAUUGUAGAAUUGUACGUGUUUCAGGCAUCCUACUGAUGAAUGGUUACGACAAUUGACAGUAAAUAUUAACAUGAGCAACAAUAUUCUAUUAUAGUUUGUCCCGUUUGAAUUAGUAGAUUGCCUGUAAACUCGGUAGAGCAGCUAAGUGUAUGUCCACCAUGAACAAGACAUUUAGCAGUUAACAAAGAAUUUAACCAUUCUCUUUCGUUAUUGUGCGUAGAUGAAGAUGUCAGUCCUGGGGCAUCUCGUCUUAGUUGGUGCGGCUCACUUAAGCGCCAGUCCUCAAGCAUAUCAAACUUGCAAGAAAAAAUGAGGCAAAUGAAAAGCUCCAGUCUGCAGGGUUCAAAACAGAGUUUGGGCAAGACUAGGCACCAUUCCCUCUCCAAAUCACCAGGUGCAAAACUGGAAAGGACUGGUUCCCACUUCUCUCGCGGUAGUGAGGCCUCGUUUUACUCCUGUGGCAGCUUGUUGGAUGAAAUUGAUGUGGGGUAAGGAGCCGUGAUCAGUAUCGCUUAUUUAGUCCCCUAGUCCUCCGUUACCAAGAGUAUAAGCACUAAAGGAUAUAUGAAAAUAUAUAUAAUUAAAAUGCUAAGGAUUGUCUAAUCUCAUUGAGUAUGUGAAAUGCAUUAUUAUUUUUUAUUUUUUGUACACUCAUGCGUGAUGGUGUUUGGCUUUGAAAGAGCAAGGUUCGGUGCGUGAGAGUUACUCCCUCGCGCGUCUUUGCGUUCUCGCGCUUGGUGAUUUUUCUCGCCCCCUUCCAUUGCGAACGUUUACCACGCUGACUAUUCCGGUGUAAGGGUUUUAUGACCUCAAAUUUACCACUGAGAUAGUUUAGCAGGGUGCAGUAGUCGUCAUCUGAGGGUCGAACGUCGGACGACGGCCACUUUCCAAGCAGAUUGACAUAUGACGCGCGUCCUGGAUAUUGUGGGAACCGUAACGUAUGGUGAUAAAUGAAAUAUUAAAGUUGGUAGUGAAAGGGAAAAAUUUACUUAUCGCCCUGUCACGAGAUUGAAGCAGAGGAAUAACGGAAACAAACUGAAUAUUUGUUUAAGUUUGCUGCUGUUUAUGAUAAUGUUAACAUCGCUUUGUGUUUAAGUUACAAAGCUUUUAAAGGCAGGCUAACUUGUUGAAUUCUUUGUUCUCCAGUCCCAGAUCAAGGGUAAAUUCGGCGGAGUCAUUUGUAUCAGCAGUAGAAGAGCCUGAUGACCUGAUUAAGUUUGAGGACGACAUCUUUUCUCCCUCGCAUUUUGUCAUUUCUUCACCGCGUCUGGUCUAUAAGUAUUCUGAGCAUUUGGGCCAGCUUGAAUGUUUAAACUGGAAUUCACCUUUGAUGAUUCCCUCGGAGCAGAGACAAUUCAGUAUUAAUAACAACUUAAAGGUUUGUGCCUUGAAGUGAAAUGAGACGGGGUGUUGCUAACUCUUUCCUUUCUAUUCUCAAAGUCACUUGUGUGGUUGCUUUAUGUAUUUCUUACUUCGAGUUUGUGGAUCAAACCCUUUGGGGUGACCCUUUCAAAUUCAACCUCUUCAAUCCUAAUUUCACCAGACCACUUUUACAUUGUACUAUAUUUAUUAGGUAAUUCUAAACUACGAAUUUGUUCAUCAAUUCCUAUGGUGUGACCAUUCAAAUUAAACCACCUCAACAGUACUUUUACACGGUACUUUUUAGUUAAUUUGUAGUUCCAACUUUAAUGUCUGUUGAUUAAAUACUCGAUAAAAAUCAACACGUGUUCGGUAAUGCCGGCUUCAGGCGUGUUCAAUUCCAAAACCUUGCGGGAAUUGUUGUAUUUAUCUGUUGUAUGCUUCCUACACAGGAGACAGAACCACAUGAAGACUUCAUAAUUCCAGGCGUCCCCCAGUUCACCUAUCAAGACUGUCCAAAGAUGGAAUUUCCAUUGCUCGUGAAGAAAGUUCAAAAAAGGACAGAUCGUGACGAACGGCAUGAGGAGGAGGAUGCUUCAUCUUCCAGUAGUAAUGAUGGUGGAUUUUCCACUGAUGCUACAGUCAAGGCAGCCAGUACUGCACAGGACACCCCAAACGAAGCAAGAUAUGAUGACGUCAGGUAGAGGGCCAGUUUUGAUUUUGCUGCGGCUCGUUUUAAGUAGAAGGCGGCUUACUCUGCUUCUCUGUGUGAAGGCUACUGUUGGUCUGGGUCAGAAUGGAGAUUACUCUUAGGCUUUCUUCUUUACGGAAGUGGUAUGUGUAAUCAAAUGGUGACGAGUGAAAUUAGGGAAUAAUUUCACGCGCGUUUUGUGAUAUGGACAAAACGCAAGGGUUAUUUUUCCUUAAUUUCACGAGUAUACCAUUUGAUUACCUAUUAAUAUCGUGGGUGACGAAUUACGUAAGCAAUUUUGGAUUUUUGACAUGUUUAUUCUGGAUCGUAUCGAUCGAGACCUCCACUCUCUCAAAUGUUUAGACCUUAAAUUUGGCUUGUAAAGUUCAGAAUUUUUCAGACUUUUUGGCAAAAUACCUGUUAGAAUCCUUCUUGAUGUUCUCUUGUGCGUUCAGGUUUUCUAAAGCGUCUGACAUCUUCAUGCACGGCAUUUUAAAACUUGGUCGCCAUCUUGACACUGAGACGUACGGAAGGUUGCCAUGGCAAUUUUGUAAUUUCACAUGUGAAAUUACAAAUUAACGCUGAAAUUUCGCGCCAAAAUUAAGGAGUAAUUCGUCACCUAUGAUAUUAUCCUUGUUAUUCGUCAUGCGAUUUUUGAAAAUAAAUUGUUAAACUGAAAUGACAUCUUGACGUUAAAAGUGGGUGUGGCAUCGCUUAUUACCGCUUCUAUACUGAGUCCCCGGUGUCACUAUCGUGUUUCUCUUUCUUUUAACGUCACACGAAUUGAAGACAAACGAUAAGUUUGAGGAUUUGUUGUUGAAGCAACAUUUUAGAAGGGUAAACGUGGUAGUUGCGUCAUUGGUUAAAGACAGCCCGCGUAACUGGCUGUUUUGUUGGGGAGGGGUGCGCAAUGAGGAGUGGUGAACCCGUGACGAAAAUGAGGCGCUAACAAGGAGAAAUGCUAUUUUCCUUGUUUGCGCGCUUUCGCAGCUUCGCCGCUUAUUUGGGCGCUCGCCAGACAAAACCGCCAACUACACAGGCUGAAUGAAGUAUUUUUUAUCAAUUAUUUUCCUUUUUUUAGUUCUGGAGUUUUGGACACCAGCGAGCGUGAUUCUAAUCGCAAAACACGUUGGAACUCAGCCAUCAAUGAACCGGAUCGAACAUCAGCGAGCUCUAGCUCAGAAUAUUCUCCUGUUAGUACUCUGAGGAAAUCAACCAAGUCACGCAACGAAGCUACGCUGUUGUUUCGCUUUGUCGGGGACAUCAAUAUUCUUGUCACGCCAUUGAUUUUGGAAGCCCUUCAAAGGUUUGUGGCAAAACCACUUCAGUUUGCUUUGUUUUGCUUCUUCUUAAUCAAUAGUUUGUGAAGACUGAUAUUAACUUUCUGUUUACCAAGUUAGUUAAGUAAAUGAGGCAGCCGCGCGUGAAGAGUUUGAAACAAUCUCGUUUUGAACACGAAUUCUGAAGUGUUUCAAUCGCCAGCUACUAAGUCAAUGUUCUUUUUGCAGAUACCUUUGAGCAGGGUUCGCACAGUGUUGAAGUCCUUGAAUUUUUUUUUAAAAUUUGAAUGUAGUGGACUGGAAAGUAUUGUUUUAAAUGCUUUUUGCUUGUCCAAGACAGUAUAAAUCAUAGCGCAGAGAAGUUAAAGGUGAUUUACAUAAAGCAAGCGCCUUUUAUUUUAUGCAAUAAUAAUAUUAUUAACUACUAAUUUAAGACAAGUGAACUGAAAGAUUUAGAGAAGUUGGUGGAGCAAACAGCUCAUGCCUUUAAGUCCUGUCAGAGGGAACUGAGACAGUGCAUUUUUGUGCAAUCUGUGAAAUUACAUGCAUGGUAAGUGGUCCUUGAAAAGUCCUUAAAAAAUUGUUGGGGGGUAAGGGGAAUCACAGUAGGAGAAGCCCUCCUUAUUUGAUCCCUUACCUUAGAAACGAGCGUAAAUUUUCACAAAAAAAAAAUCGGUGACAAUAUACUUCGUCUCACGAAGACCAUGGCGUCUUCUCAUUUGUUUCACAGAUAUUUGUCAUCGAUAUCCCGGCAAGAAAAUAUUCUUCACCCUGCUCUUGUGGUAGAUUUAGUUCAUGACAAGUGCGUGGAUGCCACUGAAAGCCUAUACAACAGGCGCACGACAGAAACACACCCUGGGCCCUGUCUUCCCACUACUGAAGAGCCGAAAGAAAAACAAAUGGUUGUCUUCUUUUCAACGGCUAAAAUCAACUUUUGCUUUCUUCAAGCGGCGUCUGUUGCUGAUAGCACCGAGUCCUUUCUCUCACCGGACGGUGCUCAGGAAGAAAAACCUGCCUCAGUUUCUCUCUUGGCAGGAUCGAUAAGUGGAGUCACUGCGAAAGUUCUUUCGGUAAGACGUAAACCUGCUCGUGAAGAACACGACCUUCAGACAGAAGAAUCAACUGUUGCUGCUCCUGUUAUGUCGUCCAGGGAAAAAAAUAAGAGAAAAUGUGUUGAUUUGCAAUCCCCAACUAAUGAGGAAUCAAUCCUACCUACUAAAAAGUCGCCGCGUCAUCGCAAUACCAUGACAACGGCCAGUGCGGAAUGCGCACAAAUUCAAUUUCAGCUGCGGAAGUUGUGUGAAAAAGAUGACACUGAGAAUUGCGUGACCACUGCCAUUCCGGAAGAGUCCUCAAGAUGCAAGUUUCAAGUCAACAACAGCAGUUAUUUCAGCUUUUCGGAGGAGUUUGAGUUUCACGAUCAAAUUGAUUCCAACUCAACUAUGAAUUUAUUAAUGUUGGAGUGUGGGCUAGACAAUGUGUCUUUCAAAGCCGGAAGUGAGUGCGCAAGCGGAAGUGAAGUAUUACCAAAAAUAAGAGAGAGAAGACGAGCUUCCGGUACUCCCAGUGAGUACAGGAAGCUCUCGUUUGGAAAACAAAGCGCUACUGAAGCUCAUGGAUUUAACAACCCCAUUUUCGACAGAGAAGUAGCUCUUUCCGGAGUGCGUUCAAAUCUAGCUGAGCAGGACCGGAAGUCAGAGGCCUCUUUGAGCCACACCAGCUCCCUGCCAUCGAGUCGAGGUUCGCUCAGUUCCUCAAGCGGAAAUGAUUCUGACAAGGAAAGCGAUGCGGAUGAUGAUGUUACAAAACCUCUUCUUCGAGUGGGCGGACAUUUAGGCAAAGAACCUCCAUGCGUCAUUAAACCAGAAGAAAUUGAGGCGAAAGAUGCAGAACUCGCACGGCGAACCGACGUUACAGUGAAUUUCACGAAUAUUUGGUUCAACCUCUCUUCACCCUCCUCUUUAAAGACUGUUCCCGCUAAUUAUCAUUUGUAUAACAGCCUUGUCACAACUGCUGUUCCUUUCGUGACAGCUUGGAUUCCACCGGUCACGCAACUCAGGCAGGUUGUUGGCGAUCUAGAGAAGAAUCACCAGAGAUUUCUCAACUCUGUGUUUGCUUGCCUACUGGCACAAGCGCUACCUGAGUCCGGACGGAUUCCAAAAGCGGUAAGAUUGUGUUGGAAUAUCCGCGUAAGGUUUUCGUUAGGUUCGUUGUCCACCUUAUUUUAUUGGGUCAAUGUGAUGUCGAAUUAAGUUGUGGGGUGUUUAGUGACACUAAAAUUAUGGGCUCUUUGCAGCUUAACGGUCACAUCGGACAAAAAUAACUUGCUUGGGGAGACUGAGACGUAGUGAGGCUAGAAAAACAAAGAGGUCACACGACAUCUUCAUUCAAACAGCCAAUUUCCUUCCACUGGGUUGUUUUUCCUUCAUCAAAGUUUUUUGUGAGUUGAGUAAACACAUAACUUUAAAACUAUGUUAUGUGUGAACUUAUUUAGCAAUCACUUUAACUUGCUGAAAGGAAAACAAAAACCUGUUUUUUUUUUUUAUUUUCUCCCAUUUGUAGCACACAGUAAGCUCUUCAUCGACAGAAAAAUCCAAGUUUCUUCAGGAAGAUCACUCAAGCCAGUUGAUUUACAUCCUUCGUCGACAGCUUAUCGGUUCCAAAGUCAACAAAAUCAAACAUUCGCUUGCCUUGAAAACGAGUAUUCCGGACAACAAAAAUCUUGUGAAAGGAAUCUUUGCCUUAGCGAGACAGUGGAAGUGCUUUUUGGCGGGAACGGAGAAAGGCGAAGUUGCUUUUUACGGGUCUACUUCAUUGAAACGUCGGGUGGUGGGACGUGGAGUUUUGACACAAAGAGACCGCGCUAUUUUAAUGAGGGAGGAGAGGGCAAGCAGGCAAGAAGAUGCGCCUUUGAAUCUAAACGUUGGAGGUGUUAAGGGGACAGAAACACCUGUGGUUAACGUGAACCAAUCAGAAGAGCAAGGUUUGUUUUCUACCAACUCCUCAAUUUUUCUUUCAACGAACUGCCGGGCUGGGACGCUGGGUAACAUUUCAAGGCUCCAAGGCUUUGUUUACACUUGGCCACGUGGAUAACGCUAUCCACAAGAUAAAUCUUUAUUCAGUAGAUAAAGCAAUUGGUUUCCUAAUACUUCAAUAUCUACUGAACAGUGAUUUAUCCGGUGCAUAGCGAUAUCCAACGCCGUUUGUACAACCGGGGCCAUGUGUCCGAGUAGGAUUCUGUUGCACCCGCCUAAGGUGAAUAGUCUCUUUUCUAAAGUACUCGUGCCAUAUUUUCGACCCGUGCCCACCUACAAUGUCAUGACCUUUCAUUCUGUUCCCUGUGAACACACCUUAAUUUAAUGGCAUCUUACUCACAGUUUCUUAUGAAAACUGGCGAAGAGGUUCGUUAUCCCCGAAGUCUGUGAGUUUCGUUACUCUGCGUAUGACUAGUCCAGUAUACACUAAGCUCAAGUUGUUCCAAAGCUGGAUAGCGCUAUCCACCGUUUGAACAAAUGGCACCAAACUUCAUCGCCCACUUUUCUUUUGCUCUCGUGUUUGGCCUACUCACUGUUUAUUUACUGUCCCUACUUCUUUAUUAUUUUCAACAGGUGAAUCUCCAACUGACACCCCAGUGAAAACAGGCAAAGAUUCUCUUGCGUUGGAGCUGGAGCCGCUAGUUGCCAAACCUUCCCCUGAACCAGUUCACUUGGAUAUCCCGAGACCGAAGCGGGACGUCCCGCAAGAGAGUGACACUGACUCAGACUAUUCCCCUCCAGCAACUAUCAAAAAGCCCUCCAAGGGAACUACAUUUGCCGAGGGAAAGAAAAUGGGACAUCAUAAACAGCUGAGCUUAUACAGCUGGCUCUCAUCACCACCUACUACCUCUCCUCCUACCACUACACAGUCCAAAGCUACGAGCGCUGGACUGGAAACAAAGACAGGAGAGCUGCUGACAAAUGGUGAGAAAUAUUUAUUAGAGAGCUUUAGAUUCUAAGACGAGUACGACAAAGAAAACGAGAUUUGACUUAAAGCUUUUUCGCGUAUUCUCAAAAAAUAGACUCCCCGGAAAGCUUCAUUUUACCAUUUUUUCACCAGAAAGGUUAGCACUGUUACCUUUAGUGAAGGAGGUUACAUCCUCUACUAAACGCAAAAUGAUAAAACUUCUUGCAUUUGAUAACUUGUUUCCCCCACUUCGACAUUCUCGCUAAAACUCGUAGUGGAGUGAUGACGACACCACUUUUUCCCGCCAAAAUGACGCUGGCUCACGCGCGUACACCACUUAGCGUUGAGAAAUCUCGUACUCGUAGUCGUACUUGUUUUAGAAUCUAAAGUUCUCUAUUAUUUAGAUUCGAGUAAGAGGACGAGAUUUAACUUAAAGUUUUUUCGCGUAUUCUCAAAAAUAUUGAUAUCCCGGAAAACUUCAUUGUACUUUUUUCCACAAGAAAAGUUGGCUCUGUUAUUUUUAUUGAAGGAGGUUACGCCCUCUCCCGAUCCUAAAAUGAUAAAACCUCUAACAUUUGAUAAAUUGUUUCUGCUACUACGACAUUCUCGCUAAACCUCGUAAUAGAAUGAUGACGGCUAUCACGUUUUCCCUCCAAAAUGACGCUGGUUCACGCGCGAGUACUUCUUAGAUUUGGGAACAUCUCGUACUGGUAGUCGUACUCAUCUUAAAAUCUAAAGCUCUCUGUUGAUUUUUGCUGGGAGGACGGAGUAAACAGAAAGUUAUCUGAGAACGGCAAAAAAGCAAUUGCUGGUUUGCACGUGACGUCACGGCGGCCAUGUUGGUGGUCAAGAACAAAAGCAUUUCUCUCCUCUGGGAACUAAACUCUAUUUUCAUGUAAAUUCUUCGAGGAAAUAUUCUUUUGUUUUGACCCCCAACAUGGCCGCCUUAUCACGUGGUUGCAAACCAAGAAUAGGUUCGUGUCUUUGCCGUAGUUUCACGACUGCAACGUGAAACUUCUUAGUUUCACGUUUUUGGGGGACUUGUGGGUACAAAACAACAAUAUUUCCUUUUCUGUUUCUGAAUUUAGAUACAGUGCGUUAGAAUUCAACUCCAGAACUGGCAAAUUGAACGAGAUGGAAUAUGAGCGAUGAAGUUUGAAACAGGGCGAAUUCACUUUUUAUAAACUAACGUUUUCUCCUCCACCUUUGCCAUCGUGGCUGCUAAAGCUCCCCAUUGACCGCAUGCCGGGCAUAAUCUAGCUAGUCACAAAAGGUAGUAAAGCUGCUGGAGCAAAGAAACCGCCACUUUUGAUUCGCCGCAUUACUGUGCAUGUCUUACUAUAUAAGAAUUGUGUUCUAUUUUUUUUAACCAGGCUUUUCAUCAAAACCAACAUCACCUAUGCAGCCAGGCCUGUUCAGCGAUAUGGUGAGCGUACCGACCAGCGGUAAACAGAUUAAAGACGAGCGCGAGACAUUUAAGAACUUUCUACAGGCCAUCAAUCUGAUGCCGCGGGUUGCCAAGCAACAGGACACAGCCAGCACAUUCUCUGUGAGCACCAAUCUGAGGUACCUUCACGUCCAUCUUGUAGACGGAGGAUUUGAUAACUUGGCAAAGAAAGGUAAAGGAAAAGGAAAGAACCGCGUAGAGGCUGAAGAUAAAAAGAAGCGGAGACAGGUACGUUGAAGAGUGACCUUCUCAGAUUCUAACUUAUCAUUUUUCAAAGUUGCUUUGGCUACUGACAGUCCCAAGUGUACGCUAAUUAAGCUGACACAGUUGACAUACAACACCUGUAACUGCUAAAGAUCCUUUCGUAUUCUUGUGGUUUAUGGGAUAUCGACUGCUAUCGAAGUGGUUAUCAUGAUCCAUUUAGUGCUUAUGAUUUAUUUAGUGCUUAUAGUUAACCAAAGACCUGUAGAUUGAUCGUUGCUUCAUUUUUCUGAAAAAUAAAUCAACAAUUGAAUAAAUUAAAAUAUAGAUACAAAGGUAAGGAAUAGAGAAUACUUUUUAGAAAUUUUGAUUUGUCCGUCACUCUUAGGGACUUGUCAGAAAUUAGCAGGGGGGAGUGGGGGGGAGGGGUGGAAAUUUUAAAUUUGGGUUCGGAAAUGAGAUGACCCAUCCCUGCAAUGGGAGUGAAAUUUGCUAACCCUCCCCUUGACCUUGGCCUAAAAUAUCAUGACCCUCCCCCCUCUUGUAUAAAUGAUAAAAUCUAGUUCUUGCGAUACACUAGGGUGAGUCAGGAUUAUGAAAGCUCAAAGUAUAUUUCUAAUCUGUUCUUUGCAAUGCCAUACACACAGAUUUUAGAUGACAGCAUUAAGAGUCCGACUCUGAUUCUGACAGCUGAUCACUCGACUCUCCUAUUUCCCCCAAGUUUUUUUUUUACAAAAUAAAGAACUUCGUUUUUCUUCUUUGUGUGAACCUCUACAUGAUCACGGACACAUAUUUGCAUGACCCUUCCCCUUUUAACGGCCCAUUUUUCAUGACCCCUCCCUUUUCUGCAGUCUCAAAAAGUUGUGACCCUCCCUCUGUUUCCCCCCCCCCCCCUCCCCCCUGCUAAUUUCUGACAAGUCCCUUAUCUGGAACCAGUUUUUCAUAUCCUUGAGAUUUCAAGAAAUCACUUAUUCACCUUAUUUGCACUCUUGUGUUUUUCUUGUAGGAGACAGAUCCAGUUUUCAUCGCCAGAGACUUCGUUCUCAGAUUUCUUCACGAUGAAACUCCACUAGAUAUUCCUCCCCCUAAGAGCGCAAAAAACAGUUUUCACUCGGCUGACGAAGACAGUAGUAAGAUGACACAAAUCAAGUUCACUGUGGGCUGUGGAAAUAUCACUCAGCGCGUCAAUCUCUCGUUCAUCCGCUUGAGCCUCCAGGUCGUUGACAUGCUUGAUUUGUUGUCGGAUUUUAUCUCAAAGAGCACUGAAAAUGAAAAGCCGCUAAGUGCGUCUCAAAAUCCCAGCUUUAUGUCAGCUUUUGACAAAACUGAUGGGGUGCAGCCGGGAAGAGCUAAGGUGCCUCUUGAUCAUGUAAAAUGUUGGAGGAUCAUGUUCCAUGUUGUGGAUCUUUAUUCGUCCUUACCGCGUGAGGCCAAGAAUAAGGGCUUUUUGAGGAGGAACAACAUUGGACGAGUGCUUGGGGGUAAGCUAACAAGAGAUACUUAUUGAAGGGGUGAACGUGAUGUUGAAAGCGAAAAAAGUGAAAUCAGUAGUCAAUUUAAAAAAACUUUUACAAGUGUACCCAUUGUUUUGGAGUCUGAAAACAUUAGCCACGUUUGCAAAUUGCACUAGUAAAAGUUUUAUUAAAUUGACCCCUGUUUCUUAUACUUUCGUUAACUUCAUUACGAGUUUAUACUCAUAGUUUUUAGUAUUUUUUUGGCGAACAACAUCUGGGAAAAAUGUAUUAGUGCAAACAUAACCUUGCUCUAUGUGUUCUUUGGUGAUUUAUUCCUUCAUCUUUGAAUUCUACGUGUAAAUACUUCAUGAGAAUCAGAAGGACAACAACUGUGAAGGAUGAGAAACCUUCGCCACUUCGCCUAAAAAAACUUCGAAAUUUAAAAAUAAAUAAAAACUAUAAACUGUUGGUACUGCGUGCCUCACGCCGUCCCUUCCCUUUAUCCACCGUGAAUAGUAUCUUACAUUAAUAAAGUUCCUUUGAACUUCAGGAUUUCAUUUUCUUUCCUUUUUUUCUUGUAAGCGGAGAGAUUGUCUUCAGAAAAGCCUCGGGAUGUCAAAAUUGACAUUGAAGAUGGACUUGUGGAAGGUAGAAAAAGACGGCGCGCUCAGAGUCCAGUUAGUUCCGACAAGAGAAAGUCAGGGGCAAGCCGUAGCACCACUGAGGCAACAGCCACUCCUGAGCAGGAGGAUGCGCCAACUGUUAUACCGCUGAGCACAGUGUUCGGCGUCGUGACCUUACCUCGAGUGAAACUGCUGGCCACUAUUGGCGGGCUUAUUUUGGAGACGGAGAUUAGAGAAAUGAGCGCUUCGUUCUCUCGCAAAGAAGAGACUGAAAAGGAUCACAAAGGUUUGACAUGACUUCUUUCUUCCUGGUACUCUUUCAAACUUUGUGUAACUUAAGAUAUCUAUGGCGGGAACUAAGUUUGUGUUUGUAUUUAUUGUUUUUAGGCCAAGUGUUGUCUUCUGUGACAGCACAUCUGGGAAAAACUAAAGUGGAUUUAAAGGAAGCCUCAAAGUUUGUCACAGGGUAAUGGAAGAAAGAACUAAUGUACUAAAUUAUUGACUCAUUCUUAUCUAGACUGGCCGUAGUUUAGGCGUUGUUACUGACUCGAGGCUUGGGGUGACAAAAUAGGGUGAUAAGUAUGAAAUUAUUCACUCAAGCCUCGGUUUCGUUUCAUUUUGUGAGUGUUCACUGUAACGGAAUGCAGGAAAUGUUUAUAACCACGCCUGAUCAUUUUUAACGUCUAGUAUUUACAGCAGUUUAAUUUGCCACACAUGCGCAGCUUCCUGGAGUAUCAUUAACAUCUUUGUAAAAUAAUACAGAGGAAUGGGCGGUCGUUUACUUAAAAAAAACUUAGUAUACACUUUUUAAUUCCUCGUAAGUACAUUUGAAAAAACAGUUGUAUUGAAGAACAUGACAGAAAAACGCAAUUAUUCCACGAAAAAGAGUCAACCGCAUUUUUUUUUGCCGGAACUACCUGGUAUUUGUUCUUCUAGGGUUGUGAUAUGAUUAAUUGUUCGUUAUAACCUUUUCUUUAGGACUGUUGUGAGCUGUAGCCUGUCUCGAUCACAUGGUCUGUACUCGUCUCUUACGCUCGACACGGAGGAGAAAGGUAAUGCACUUGUAACACUGGGGAUGAUCGACAUCGAUAUCCCGCAACAUCCUGUUGCGUUACACUCAAUGAUGACGCGCAGUUCACGCGCCAUAUCACGUCACAUCUCGGAGAUCCAAUCACAAAGAUCGGUCAUAAGGUAAAUGUUUAUAUUUUUUGUUAUAAGCUGAUAAUAAGUGCUUGAAUUUGUUGAAAGUCUGCUUAGUGGGACAGCUAAACACACUACCUGUAGUUGUUUUCAUCUUUCAAACCGUUAUCGCAGGUAUAACUGGUAUUCAUUUUGCACAUAACGUACGUAACACAUCGUUGGAGAAAAGAUAGUCUAAAUAACUCGGAUACUUUACUCCCGGUAUUGCACAGACGAGACUUAGGACCACCGUGCUUGGUUGUUUAUCCAAUACACACUACUAGAUUCUACUGGAAACACCAAUUGAUUCCACUGGGCUCCUUAUUUGGGGGGAUUUAGAAAAUUAUGAAUCAUGAUGUAUACAGUGCUUGUUGCGGGUUAUGACGUUAGAAACCACUAUUUUAUAUUACUUGUGUAUGGUGAUUGUCUUUGGUCAUGGCCUAAAGAACGAGGUAUCUCAUGACUAGACUUUCGGUAAUCCUACUCUAGCCUAGGUGUUGACUGGAAUCUAGUGGAGAGGGUACAGCACUUUCACUAUUUAAAUGCGAUUGUAUUGUUUUUAGAUGACUUGUAAAUCAAAUCUCUUUAAACUGCCCUCAUGUGUUUUCCCUUUUUAGGUCUAUGGCCAGUUUUCACGACAGUACUCAGUCCCGCAUGAUGCCCAACAGAUUAUCUGGUGUUCCAUCUGAGAUCUCAAGGCUUUCCCAGCUUAUAUCACCAUCUACCGUCAAGCAGUUUGCUCCCUGGGAUCGAGUGGAUAGUUCUGUCCCAGUUCCCACUGUGUCCACGAUCUCCUUCACCUGUGUUCUGAAAGGAUUUGGGUUAGGCGCUUCGCUGCUGCCUUCACUGAGGGCGGAAUACAAGGUAAGUAGAUGAGCCUUCAGCGGAGUACUUCUGAAUUACUUGACUGGAGCCUACUAUGAACGAAUUUGAACAUUCAAAACAGAAGGUCACUUGGUUACCCUCAAACCACUUCGGAGCUCUUAAGAACUCUUCUGAAAAUGUCGUGCGUUGCUGAUCCAGGUAUUCAUGGAAAGUGUUGUUGUUGUUUUUUACGGAAGGAGAAAACCAGUGUGUUUCAUGAAUACAGUCGUCAGUUUUCUCUAACCUCCAAAACUGCCCAAAAUUAAAACUAAGCCAGUAAAAAUGAAAAGGACAGUAUCACAAACAGUACCAAGGAAAAGUACCAUCAAGCAGGUUCCAGUUGAAUUGUUAUCGCUGAGAAUUUCGUCUAGGUGUCUGCAUGAUUGUUUAUGGAUGGAAAAGUGUCUAAUUGUAAAUCUCCUCUCGAUGUUCUGAAAUACAAAUUUCUCUCCCGUAAAGAUUUUAUGCGUGAUCAAUCCUCAUUGAAUGAUCGCCUAUCUGACAGCUGCAGACAUUUAAUGGUGUUUAUGCAUUUAUCAUUCCCCCAGGUGGGAAGAAUAACAGGAUCUGGACGAAGUGGAAGGAAGAGCUUCUUUAAGUUGGCCAUGCCACUUCACAGUCUAAGUUUUACAUCCAAGGUACGUGUUUCAUCCAUAGCUAAGCCAAGUUUACAGGGUUCAUGCUCUAUAAAGAACGUAUAAUUUGAUGUUCUAAAUUAUUCUUUUUUAGAAUUAAUUUGAAAAGAUUUUUGUUGUAAACAAAAAUAGGACAAGUGUACGUCUCUCGAAAUGUAAUAUUGUAAUACUGUUUUUCUAAUCUAAUUUAGUGUGAACAAGCAAGAUAUCAAUAUGUUCUCAUAGAAUUAAACAACUCAUAUGACGAUACGAUACUCAAUGUGGUUUACUUUUCUUUCAGGUCCAAUCUCUUGACGUUACGCUUCCACCGGCCACUGUGGUGGAGUUGCCUCCCGUUAACAUGCACGGUGAACUCAUUUCCAAACUUCCCCGGCCUGUCAGAGCCCGCGAUAGUCCUGGGGAAACCGGAGAGGGCCUCCGGCAUCGUUCUUCAUCUAAGACACAUUUAUAUGUCUCGGCAGAAAUCGGUGCCUUUCAACACAGCUUGACUACAGAUCUACUCAAUCAUCUGGUGUUUGUACAAAAGAGUUUUAUGAAGGUCAGUAGCGCCACAGGAAAAAAACACUAUAGUUUGAUGAGGGGUGCUCGGCUUAAAGGUAAACGAGAAAAGUGGGCCGCGCGACAGAGAUGACGAGAUGAUGACGCAGAUGAUUGGAUGAUAGUUAGUAUUUGUAUGACUUGUCCCUGGUGAGUUGUUCUUUUAAAAUUGUCCUUUUUGACUUGUAAGUUUCUUUGUUUUCCCUGUAGGAGGUGAACGACGUUCUUCAGCGGGUGUCGGGUGAAAGCCAGCCUGUUCCACUGUGGAGAACAGCCUCGACUGAAGAUUUGGAAAACGUAAAAGAGAAAGAAAUUCCCUUGUUAUAUUCCUUCCGCCUAACUCUUAAGGUAGGCAGUCUGAAAUAAAUACCCCUUCAACAGGACAGUUAUUCAUCGUGAAGUCAUCUCUGGUGUUAGGUUUAUUAGCGCACGCUUUUUCCUGGACAAAGCAAUGCGGUCAGUAGGCAUUGCGCCCUUAAUCUCCCUAAAACAUAGACACAGGCAAUCGAUGAUAAUGAUGACGAUGAUGAUGAUGAUGACGAUGACGAUGACGAUGAUGGUGAUGAUGAUGAUGACGACGACGACGACGACGACGACGACGGUGAUGGUGAUGGUGAUGGUGAUGGUGAUGGUGAUGGUGAUGAUGAUGAUGAUGACGAUGACGAUGACGAUGAUGAUGACGAUGAUGGUGAUGGUGAUGAUGAUAAUGACGACGACGACGACGAUGACGAUGAUGAUGAUGAUGAUGAUAAUGAUGAUGAUGACGAUGACGAUGAUGAUGGCGAUGAUGAUGACGAUGAUGAUGAUGAUAAUAGUGAUGAUGAUAAUGAUGACGACGACGACGACGAUGAUGAUGAUGAUGAUGACGAUGAUGAUGAUGAUGAUGAUGAUGAUGAUGAUCACCAUCUUCACCAUCAUCUUUGUCAUCAUCAUUAUCGUCAUCAUCAUCUACAUUAUAAUAAUAAGGAACUUCAGCUGUUUCGUACAGGAAAACACCAGAUGUUUCUUAAUCGCCUCUCAUUUUUGUAUCACAGGGAAUCCAAGUGACUGCCACAACUCCGUCAUCAACAGCGGUCAGGUUGGAUACAGGAGUGGUAGCUCUAGAGGUGUCCAAUUCUACGCCGUCAUCUAACCUCCUGCCUGGACAACUCAGGCGAAGUACGUUAUGUUUUCGUCUCAUAUUUUACUUUACUUGUUCAGUCCAUAGUAAUUUUGGGUGGUUUGAAAAUCCCGUGGAAUCAGUUGCGUUUUGACUGUGACUGUGAAGUCUGAAAGUAAAGUGUACUUCAUUUGUUUGCCUCGUUUGCUAAAAGAAGAACCUCUCAUUUUCAACGGUGUCCUAGUAGCUGGCUAAACUGCCUUGGUCAGAUCAUAUCUACGUUCUUACCGUGUUUCGUAAAUUUAGUAGGCUGAUUUAGCAACAGGACGAGAACGUCAAUGGCGACGGGAGAGCGCGCGGAACGGACUAAACACGACUUCCGGUGCCCGAUUUGCCGCUCUGCCAUUGGUCAAGCCAGUUGUUUGAUUUGCGCGCGCCGUUGUCAACUGACGUUCCCGUUCUGAUGCUAAAUCAGCCUAGUAUUUCAUUCUCACCGUUUUGGUAAAAGAAGGAAUUUCUCCAGUCCGUUUUACGAUGAAAUUGAUGUAUGUGUGAAACAAGAGAACUAUUAUCUUCCGUAGUAUGAGAUUUGUUUAUUUUACACCCUGUUAUAUAUUAACAGGUAGCAGCUAUGUGAAACUCUUUGGAAAAGCACAAGUGGAUGUCAAUCUCUCCCUUGGACAGUUUGUUAAAGUAAAUUCACGAUUGUUAUUCCUUAUCCUCUUUUGUUUCAUUUAUUCAGAAAUUUAUGAACGCGGUUCAAAGUUUUUCUCUCUUUCUCCUCAGAGUCGUAACAUUGACAACGAAUUCGAUUUUCAACAGUUGGCUUACUUUAAGACCAGAAUCGGAGUUAGCAAUUCAUUCCAGGUACGUAAAGCGUCCUAAUUCAUACAAAGAAAUUUUUUCAAAGAAACGAACGUUUGUCGGAUAAACGGCAGACGUCAAAGAAAGUUUUCUUCUUGGCCCACUGUUAGUUUCUUUCUUUCUUUUAUUUUUUUAUAAUUCACCAGAUUUGGUUUAUUUACUAAGUAUUUGUUUAAUAUGCUUUUGUUUAAUAUAAUGCUUUCGAGUGGGUUACUGCAAAUCUGCAAACAACAACAUUCAAUGAUCGUUGGCUUGUCAAUGAAAAAAUUUCGUAUUUACCUCUGCAAAGUCUACUUUACCUGCAUCUUAGAGAAAAUGACAAGCUGCCCAGUGUUUCUGGCGGGAUUUCAGUCAGGGUUGUUGUUCCUUAGCUUCUAAGAAGUCCGAAUGGUAUUUAAAUCCCGGGGUUUAAUUUUUGUUUGUACAAUGAAAAAUUUUGCUUGUCGCUAUCUGUUCUGUUCAGAUGGCUAAACAAUUUGGAGGCCGGAAGCGCCGCCGGGAUUUUGUCGUGAAAUGCUACCGUUGCAUUCCGCAGAAUACGCAAAGGGUACUAGCUUUGUGAUUAGCUGUAUUCUCUAUGGCAUGGGUCAAGGAAACCCUUAUGGCUUUGCUUAUAAUAUAUUUUAAAUAGUAAAAAGUUGGUCUGCCUGUUUUUGUUACACAGGACAGCAGAUCAUUAGCUGGUACUGAAGACAAAGAGACCUUUCUAGUGACGCUGACUAAACCGUGUCUGUACGUACAACAAGUCGCCUUCGAUAAAGGUGAGCACGUGAACUGGAUCUAAGGUGAAAACCUCUUUGACACUGUUCGUAAGAGCAAGGGGACUUUGCACAAUGAUUUGUAUUCUCUGGGAUGUAUGUUUUGUUAUUGUCUUUGUUAAUGUUACCGUUUUCUCUUCAGCCGUUCUAGUUUAUUUGAAUUACAAGAACGCAUACGAACACUGGAAUGAGCAACGACUUGCUCUUAAUAAAGAGGUACGGAUUAUAUAUUUACUCAUUUUUUUGUCUUAAGUAGCAUUUACGAUGUGGAUGGUAGUCAGAAAUAGACAUAGGUUGCCGAACAGGACCAGCUAACGCCCCCAUGGGUUUCCUGAAACCUUCCUGGUUUCUCUCUAAAAUGAAGAACAUGCUAGCAGGCUAGCUUUAAUUUUCUCUCGUGCAAGGUACGACUGUAAGGCUGAUGUGCGUUCAUAUGUGGCUGGCAUUCUUAAGGUUCUUAAUAGGCGUUCGAUAUCGCUUGAGACGUGUAAGUUCACGAAAUUGAUUUACCUUCGUCUUUUUUGCUCUCUUGUGUAGCGUCUUGAGCUGAACUCUGCCGCAAGUGAUGUUAGUAUAAUUGAUUUUCUGCUUUUUUACAACAGCCUGCGCUCAGAUCACUCUCAACUACACUGUGUUUGCUCAAUUGUCAUUGAUGUAUCAUUCCGCAUUUGUUGUAGAAAAUAAUAAUGUUGUGCAAGUGCGAUCAUGAUCAUUGAUUGUUGGCUAACGCCCUUUUCCCGCAUCUCAAACGGAGUUUCAUUUUUCACUUGUUAUCCCCGUAUUUGUGUCCUACUUAAAAUUCACAGUAACAAGCCAUAGUUUUAUUCUUAAUUUGUCGAACGACAGUCAUUUGUCAUCAACAGUCCGAUAAUGACUUUACUGACCCACGAUCAAUCAUGUUAAACGUACUAAUGGUGAUUUAUUGGUUGAGAAGAUGGAUCGAGUUUUUUAUAAAUUACUUUUUGCUGAACUAAUCACGUAACGUGGGGAGGGAAAACUAAACUAGGCACGAACUACCUUUAGAUAAAUUUUCACGAGUUUGAAGUGAAAACCACGUAAAUCUAUCGAUAUUAAUCAUUUGUAUAUUCAUUCACAGUCAAGGUAUUGGCCAGUUAGUCAGCUAGUUGCUAGAAGUCUUAGUCGAUCGGUGAGUCCGGGAUUGUGUUAGGGUGAGACCGUUAUAGUUAGGGGUGACUAUAGGUGAAUAGUUAGUUGCUUGGUAGACUAACACGGUUGCCAAAGGUGAAUAGUUGGUCCGAUAGUCAAAAUAUAGCUUACCCCUUUUAUACUGGGCUUUAGCUGUUUGACGAUGCAUUGGAAAAAGUAGGAAGAUAGAGCUCAAUCAUCUUACACUUCCCUUAGUUAGCUGUCCCUUUAAGGUGGUUAUGAUCUGUUAUCGUAAAGUAAAUUGUACCCGAUAUUUUGCUUUGGCUGAAUAACACAAGCACUACACAGACCACCUACUCUGAUAGCCAACUUACUUAGCUGAAAACAUGUUUGCCAUAGGCGAUACCGCUUGUUCGUACAAUUAAAGUUGCGUAAAACGUUAGGAAGCUUUUAUGAAACGUGAUGUUUUUCCAGUCAUGUUAAAGAGUUGGCUGAAAAUUACAUUAGUUAGUACCCAGAAUGUCGCCCUAAACUAAACGCAGAACGUAGGUCAUUUAGCAGAAAGUUUAUGUCCUGUUUCUCCUAUCUGCAGGUUCACUUUGCCACUCAAGCCGUGUUGGAUAAACUGCCUCAAAGAGCGCCGCCUUCUCAGCUGUCAGGAUCUCUCUUCCUUCAACUCACAGUUGAUCAAUUGGGGGUUUGCAUUCCACUCUACAACGGCAAUCAGGUAUGGAUAAGAGGAGACUUCAUAGUUAGUCAGUCACGUGCCAUUACUAACUCGAAUAAGCGAUUUUGCUCAUCUUAGUUUUUACUUUCUUUAAUUUCAUAACUUGUCUAGUAGAUUCGAUUGGCUGUUGAACACCUUUUAACGUUACUUCCUAACGUUUUGAUCCAGGGGUUGGGGGUAAUUUUAGUUUCAGCAUGAGCAUUUUCGUUCGCGAGUUUUUACUGUUCUUGAUUAUAUUAAUUUCACCUGUUAAUGAUGACUGUAAUCGAACACCUGUUUUUUCAUUUUCAAGGCUUUCGGACAGGGCUUUCAGAUGAGAUAUGCAGGUAAGUUGAAUAAAGAAUUUUUCAGUUCAGAGGUUCGCAAGGCACCCGUACGUUGAACCACAUUGAACACAGAACCUGGCACAUCAAUUUAAUGACUUUAUUAUGUUACUAAGCCUUAUGGAUGAAUUAAAUAUAAUGCGAGACACAGCUCCUCUAAGGCGAUUUUUUUUGUGAGUUUUUACGACCAAAACCGCACAGCUGUAGCAAUGCAAUACAAAACUAAGGUCUGAACAUGAAAACGGGUGACAUAAUUCCUGUUUCAGUUGCGUCCAAUAUUUUAUGAAUCAUUUUCUUUUACGUGGGUAAUUUUCUUGCGUUUAACAACUGCGUCGCUGAGUGGAGUUGGGUGCCCGGGAUGUCCAGGGGCUACCACCUUUGGCACAGCCAGCCCUUAGACAGAGUCACGUCCCCAUGGCUGGCAAACCCGCGCCCUCCAACAAUGAGCCCCCACGCCAAUGGAGCGUGGAGGCAUGGGGGUAAAAGAAUGAUCAAAAGGCUAAACGAAGAGAAUGGCAGCCACGAAAACACUGUCCUGAGUACAUGGAGGUGAUGCGAGCAAGGCUGACCGCGCUUGAGCCAAACGACUGACCGCUGACCACGCUCGCGCUCCUUGUUGUUAACUGUGUUAAAUAAAUAUUUAUUUAACCUCAUUUAAUCGUUCCAGAACAAGAGCCUGGCCCGGCCAUGGUGUUGAGAGUGGACCACAUGCUGCUGACCUGUUGUUCCACUAUAUCAUUUGUCAGUAAAGGAAAGUUCACUAGCUUCUCUCUUUGGUUCGCUGACAAAUUUGACACCGACACAGAUGACUGGAAACCGAACUUUGAAAGUGGAGUAAUGUCAAGAUGCAGUCGAUGUAAGGAAUCACUUCACAGUUCUUUUGUCUUUUGUACAGUUAUAAUACCGUAAAAUUGCUUGCUGAGUUUAAUCUGCAUUUUUUUAAACUUAGGUGUUGUUCCUGAAGGAACUUAUGAACUGUGCUCCAGAACGCAGAGGUAUCCCGUGGCACAAAGGUAAACAAAUCCAAAAUUAUUGACUUCUUCAACUAUAAAUAGACUGCGAAUCAGUUUUCAAACGCAAAUUUCCAUAGAUAAGUACGAAUAUAAGCCGCGUCCAAAAAAAGCCCCUCAAACCGCGAGAUUAGAAAAAUAUAAAGCCUGAGAAGAAAAAAAUAAAUUUUACGUAAUCUAUUGUUGCUGAGUUUAAUCGUGGUUUUUAAACUCGCGUUGUUCCUGAGAACUUAGAACUGUGACGGAACGCAGAGGUAUCCCGUGGCACAAGGUAAGAAUAUCCAUCAGCGUUGACUGAUUACAGUUGUAAAUGUAUUUGCCAACAUUUGGAGUACUCUCCGUGAAAUUGAUGUUUGUUUCGCAGAAGCCAUAAAAUGAUUGUAAAGAAUACUUCAAACCUUCAUUUCAUGUUUACUAAAGAUCCAACCAAAUAGGAACUGUUUUCUUACGACCACCUAAAAGCGUUACUCAUCUACGUAGGCGAUUACUGACGGCCGCAGUUUGCACCAUCUUUUCGUUUUGAAUUCUUUUAUCGUGCAGAUGCGAUGCCAUUACAAAUUUUGUGUAGAAUAAUGAUAAACAAAGCUACACAGUUUCAAGCACCAACAAAAGCAUGCUGCUAAUUACCGUGUUUAGACUCACUUUGACCGCUUUUAUAGACAUAGUAUUCACACGUUUGGAUUGGCAGUGAUACCAAAUACCAGCUCCUCUUUUUGUAAAUUAAUUGUAGCUUGUUUUAAGCGAAUAAUUCUUUAUCUUUCGACCAGACAUGGUAAAGGCGGGCAAAUGGGUGAUGUCAUUCCAGUGGCGAAUGUGUGGUAUUGAACUUCACUGCGAUACAAGCAUAGGUAAGCACCUGUCAUCUUUGGGACAGACGCUGACCGCUUUGGCAGGUGAGCCGGAUGUGGCUAACAUAGACUCGGUAACGGAACUACAGGAUAGAGAUCCUUCCAUGGAACACGCUGAAGAAGGUAGAGAUGAAGUGGAUGGCAAGCCAAGAGCGGGAAAACUGUCCAAAACAAUGAUUGAGAAAAAUAUGUGGGAACAGGCCCGCAAAGUCAAUGAGCUCAGGUGAGAACAAUUAAAUUGGUGCAAUUUUCACUCAGAUUGCGCGUUUGUAGGUUAUUAAGUUUACUUAUAGCGAUGGUCGAUGACAAAAUUUAUUUCAAGACCGAACUUUUGUCCAAGGAAUAAAUUUCCUUCUAUGAACUCUCCAAGAAUCGGUUCAUGAGAGCCCAUAGUUGGUUUUUUGUUAAACAAAAGCUCAUUUUCAAUUUUACCUUUCGUCGUUAAGUGUCUGUUCAAGGGAUUAUUGCAGUGGGUGAAUUCUUUUUCCCUGUCCAAAUUGUGUUUUACUUUAAUAUCGCUGGAUGAUGUCUCUGUUGAGGCCUUAUAUAUACUGUUUUUUCCCAAAGCUUACCUCGUUUUCAUUAACAGACUAAAUAAAUUCCCUUAACUGUCAUACAUUACCUUGACGUGCGCCCCGUGGGGGGUAGGACGAUCGGAUCAUUAUACGUUUUUGAGAAACUGUCCACCUAUCCCUCCCCUGAGCCAACACUUUGUCCUAAGUGAGAAGUAAGUGUUAAUGUUGACUUAGGGGAGGGGUAGGUGGACAGUUUCCCAAAGCCCGCGUGGUAGGCAUUCAGAAGGGGAGAAAAAGAGGAAAAUCGGAUGAAGGCCCUUCAGGCAAGCUGGGAACUUAAUUAUCGGAAGACGCUUGAGUUAAGAAACGUCCGCUAUUCUUUUUUUAGGCGAAAAGCUGAUGUGGAAUCUUACAUUGUGGAACAAGAAACAAGGCGGUUGCAGGAUCUAGAGAGUGCUGUGUUUAACGAAUUCCGUAAAGAUGUGCGCAAGAAAUUUCGUCGCCACUCACGUUCCGGGCGUUCAGUCUUGUCAAAAACUUCUGAGUCGGACAGGCAGGUUUAUUUUACUUAGUUAAGAACGCACAGGUUCUCUUCAUGCUCGUUUACUAGUAACGUGCUGAAUACGAGUCCUUUUUUGGCUCAUAAGUUAGAGAAUUCAAUAUUUUAUAAAUUUUUGUCACAGACUCGAGGGGAACAGUGAAUAUACUUUUUUGUUUUAAUAGUUUACGUGGCUUACGUUUUAUACCCUCUGCUAUUAUAGUCCCUGUUCAUCUCCACAGUUAUUCAAGGUUAGCCUUAUAUAUAGAUUAUUUACAAAAAAACCGGUGGAAAGGUUCCUAAAAAUGAAAAUAAAAAUAAAUAGCGAUUGACAGACCUAUCUUAUCCUAUCAGAAUCCGUGAAUCUUUUCACUACCGUUAACGUCUUACUAAUUCUUGCUGUUUCGAAGGUAGGGGGCAUCCAGACUACAAGCUAAAGAAACCGAUUCUCUGGCCCUUGUUAUUUGAUAAGUGCAUUACAUACCGAACAACCCUAACUGUUUUUUUUAAUCUCUCAGAUCAAACCUGCCGAACAGAAAGGUGAAAUCCGAAAAAGUGAGAGGAUCCAGGACUCGAUCUCGUCUCAAACCACAAGCUAGUGUUGAUAUAGACGAUGUGGAGAGUGAAAUGGUGGAGAUGCCAUCGACUCCCCGUAAAUUAGCCCACGACUUCUUCUCGGGGGACUCACCUAUGAUAACAUGCGAGGACACCUCGGAAGAUGCUAUAUUCGGUGGCCGAUCGCCAUCCCUUCCUGAUAUUUUAAACGUCGGUUAUAGAGCUGAUCAACUGGCACAAAACGCCGAUCGUUUGACAAUGCGAAACAUCCCACAGCAGGAUGAUGGAGCUGCAGCAGACCAUGCUGGAACUGGGCCAAGGGUGACCUUUAGAACCCCUAGUGAGUCUGAUAGCGAGAGUGUGACGUCACAAAAGUCAUCUAAUAUACAACAGCAACAGCAGCAGCAAAAUCUCGAUUUUGAGUUGGACCUGACUGUGGAUAUCGACAGUGGAAAAUGCGUGUUUUACCCUGCUGAUGACGGAGACAAAGAUGAAGCAUCCGAUAGCAAGUAGGUGUUAACACAGAGAUUUACACAGAGAUUAACUCGUUCACUCCCAUCCAGGAAAACCUCAAACUUAAAAUUUUAUAACUUCGUUAUAUUUAAUUGUCAAAAUACCAAUGGAGGACAUUGUUUUUACGUCUCCUAAGGUCUGGCUAUUUGCCUUCUUGCCGCUUAGUUUUUUAAAACUCUGAGUAUUAGUUUGCGCCCCUGGAAUCGACUCCGCGACCUCUGAGCUUGCAGACCAGUGCUCCAUCGAAGUAGUUAAUUCAUUGUCGUUUUGCUUUUCCAGAAUCUCUGGCAAACGUUUCCCGUUCUCCGAUCCCACUCGGGGAAAGUUAUCAACACCUGUAUUUCAGACAGGAGGGCAAAAGCGAAGCAAGCAAGGCGCACAGGAGAAACCUCAGUCGGAAGACACAAUACUUCUGUUACCAGCCGUUGACGUACGAGUCCACUAUCAAUCUAACAUCGACUCUGAAAGCAUAGGCCCCCCGGGUACGCCUGGUACUUCAUGGUGUCCUGAGCCAUCUACAGACAGUGAGCAGUCCAAUGUUGUUUACCCGGGGACACCGGAACCGGGGGGUAAAUGUAUGGAACCGUCAGCGCCCCUUAGCACUCCAAAUAACAGGAAGAUUGUCAAGAGAGCAGGUCUUUAUGUUUGGGUUCUUUUCCAAGCCUUACCUCAGGAAAUGGUAUUGAAACCGCGUUUGUUAGAUUUCAUAGAACAGACAUUACAACCAAUCAGCGUCCCCGCUGAAGAGGAAGUAACGGAUGGUGGGGGGUUAACUUCCGGUGAUACUGAUAGUGACACGGAGGGCGAGGUGGGAGGUUCCGUCGUUUCUUCAUCGAUGUCGGAGUAUUCUUCAUUCCCAGUGGAUGUCGUAGUGGUAAUCCGUGUUCAGCCAUCCGACAUUCGCUUCAGCUGCCUUCCCGUCUCUCGGGUUGAAUGUAUGCUGCGCCUUCCUGCCUUGGAUGUCGUGUUUUCGUCUAACUCCAGCCCUAACAAGUGGCUUCCUCAGACUCCGUCAACGCGUCCUAGCAGUCGGGAUCAUUCCCGCGUUAAGUUGGAGCAAAUGGACAACACAUUGAAUCCGUCUACGCUGAAGUUCGACAGUGGAGGCAUCAGCUUCACUGUGUGCCUUUCUCGCUUCUCAUUCUGUAUCUUUCAUCCUUACGGCAAACAGCACAUGGGAGUUGGACGAACCUCUAGUUCAGCCUCAGACUACGAAGAAAACGCUGAAGAAAGCCGCCCUCGAUUUCGUUUCGUUCAACCUCCAUCUCAGCCGCUGUCAGGAAAGAAGGACUCGCUGAGUUUGAACGUGGAAUUCGUGAAGUUCAAUUUGUCUCGCAGACGAGUUAGUUCUGCUGGUAGUGUGACGGAAGAUAAAGCCAGGACUGCUUCGCCUGAUCUCUUAGCUGGGACGGGGACUGGUUCCUCGACAGUUGUCAAAGUUUCGGGUAGGUUUUUUUCUCCUCACCAAUCUAUUUUAAGGAGCAGUAUUAAUUUUACAAGCUGUCUAUCGCUUGCAAAAAGUAAUAACGAAACUUACAAUGAUUAUUUUGCUGCCUUUGGCAUUUGACGAAAUGUUUGGUAUCUUCCUGACAUGUUUUCUACCUUAAUAGGGAAUUUUCAUGGGUUUUAUUAUAACACAGAACCAGACAGAAAUAAAGAGGUUUAGGGGGCAAAGUCAUACAUUUUCAGAGAAGAAGAAAUGAAACCUUUUAACCCGGCGAAUGAUUUCACCUCCAAAAUAUCUUAGAUUCAAGCGACCUUCACCCACUCAUAAAUCACUCUUUAUAUUCAAUCUCUUGUUAGGUAUCUGUGAUAUUGGCUCGGCAACUUUUAAUUACGACAUGCGGCGCCUGAACGAGAUUUUAGACUUUCCAAAAGCCUGGUACAAGAGAGGGCUUGUACAGCGGCUGUUCCUAGGAAAAGAGGGAUCGUACGCGACAAAAACCUCAGCCGUUGGAUCGGAUCAAGUACAUGGUGACACUACUCCAACCAGACCUACCAAUGAUGACAUGAAAAGAAGGUAAGUCGCUACAGUUACCAGGGUUCGUACAGAGUCUUAAAUUCUUGAAAAAGUCUUGAAAUUUGCCUAGCAAUUUUCCAGACUUAGAAAAAGUCUGGAAAGUAGAGAGAAUGUCUGGAAAAAUGGCAAAAAUUGUUAAGUUUUUUUUUCAAAGCUGCAACAGGUGCUUCAUAAGUGAUUAUAUUUUUCAUUUUGGUCAAAUCGUAUUCGCUCUCCCCCGUACGUUUGCAGUGCAUCCAGAGAAAAGCGUUGUUUCUACUUUUUUAAGGUCUGUAUUGACCACCUAUUUGAUAACCUCGAGUCUGGAAAAAAUUAUUGUUUUAGAAAAAAAAUCUGGAAAAAGUCUUGAAUUUUCGAUCAAAAAAUCCAUGCGAACCCUGAGUUUCUUAUGGAGAGGAAGCCAGACACCUUGAAGUGCAGCACUUUUCCAAAAGUUCUUCAGCGUUGCCUUUUUUUGUCCAAAUGAUUACUAGCGCCGAAGAAGUAGCGGAUCGUUGAGUCGACUUUUUAUUAGCACUUGAUUGAUAGAAGGUCCGGAAAUACUGCUCGUAGUUUAGUGUGAGGCUAGUUAUUUAGAAGAAAUAUGCAAGACCAAGAGAGUCUUGAAUAUCAAGAAACCCAACGUUAUAUGGUUAAUUGCGUCUUUAAGUUUGUACUUUGCUUUACCCCAAAGAGCGACCAGCAAUUGAUUCCGCGUUAAGAUGUCAUUGUUGUACGUGUUGUAAUUGUGUUUUCGUCAUCGAUAACAGAUCGGCAUCUGUCAUCGAAAAGGAGGUCGCACCAACUACUCCACCCUCGGUAAAGCGUCGGACGCGUUCACUCUUUCGAUCCCAGUCUGAGUGUCGUGAUGAGCCCUUACCGUCUACACCAGUAAAAUCCCCAGUCAGCAAGUAUAAACCAGGUAAGUCUGGUUAAACCCAGCAGUGUAAACCUAAGUUGUUUUCAGGACAGGAGGACUUGUAUGGUCUGUUCUGUUCUGUUCAUGACAUAAUCUUUGGUCUUCAGUAACUUCGACGAAAUUGUAUUUCCCACGGAAUGUUACCGAGCGGUUAAUUUCUCACGACACAAAUCCCGGUGACUAUAGUGAGUUGGCUUGAGAUUAUUGUCAACGGUUCGCCUGCAUGCUCAUGCUACAUUGUAGGCCCCUACUAGACAGACUCAUGUAGGACCAUUUUGCGACAUUUGCUUUUGUUAACAAGAAGUCAAAGUGUUCAAACUCCAAUUCCUCUUAUGAUCUCAGACUAGUGCUGUAAAAACGAAAUUAUGUCCGCAUCUUAAAAGGACGUAGCAGUUGUCUUAGAGAAUCCAACUACUUUAACAGCUAUAUUUGAGUAUUGAAGUCGAAAAUAUUCUUUCCUUGCAAGGCAAAUUUGAUAUUUGUUUUUAUGUCACCAUGACCCGCACCAUAUAACUGUCAUUUCUUGAACAGGUCAUCGUAAAGCAGCUUCAUCAGGCAACAGUUUUUUUAGCUUCCUCCCCACAUCGCCCAGUCUUUUUCGUUCUAUGACUAUGAGCGGGACUAAGCACGGCCUUUUAAGUCCCGCCAUUGCUUCCCCUACCCACACCAGAAGACGAUCAUCUGUGUCAGGUAAGCCGCCAAUACCUUUUUAUAAGAAAUAUUUUGUACUAUUUUAUUGCAACUAUUUUUUGUACUAUUUUAUUGAGUUAUCUGUGACAAGGAACUCGGGGAACUCAAUUGGGAGAGCAGCCGACUAGUCAGCCGUCCGUCUCCACGUCCUUAACUUCAGACCAGCAGCCGACCUGAGGAAAUGCCUUUGGUUUAGAAUAUUUAUUUAGUUCUUUCCACACUUAUCAUCUUAUAGUUUAUUUAUUUAUUAUUAUUUUGUUCGAAUUGAAAACCAAGAGAAUAAGAUUUCUUCAUCUGGCUGAAAAUGACACGAUCUAACUGUGACGCCUCGUGAAGGAGCACAAACCAAAGUGUUUCACGGUGAUUUACGUUAAAAAGUGGGCAAUUGAUUUAAUAAGACACGGCGAAUAAAGGUUGCUUUAAAUGAAUGUCAAUCAAAGAAACUAUCCAGAACAUUAAUUUUAUUGUCUGAGGUCUUGAAGAACAAAACAGUCUAAGCAAGACAGUCUUGUUGGAGGUGCGAAUUAUCGUGGUAACGAUGCGAAUUAUCAUGGUAACGGUGCGAAUUAUCGUGAUAACGAUCGAUUUCGACGUACAUUGUAAAAGAAAAAUCAACGAUAAAAAAGUAACACGACGUUUCGAUGACUCCAUGUCAUCAUUAUCAAAUGCGAAGAGAAUUAUCAUGAAUUGGUGAGAGCCUUGUAUUCGUUUAUGGGGGAGGAGUGGGAGGUGCAUGUUUACUUGUUUAGGAUCAGUUGAGGUUUCACUAACUGACCACCUACCCCUCCGCUAAGUCAACAUUAAUACUUACUUCUCACUUAAGGCAAAAUUGUGACUUAGGGGAGGGGUAGGUGGUCAGUUAACCACAAACCUCAGUUGAUCCCAUGUUUAAAGGCUCUCUGAACUACACGCUAUUUAAGGGAGAAUAUGCCUGCGUUGUAUUAACCAAAAAUGAUGGUCCUUUGUUUCAGGCGCGAAAAAGAUAAGAUCUCCUGAACGGCAACCGGAACUUAAACCCAUUGAAAGUUCGUCAGAAACGGAAGUUGAUGGAGGUCUGAGUCAUUCCUCCUCGUCAAGUCUUGGGGGCAGUAGGUCCAAGUGGGAGACAGUAGUAGUUGUGGCGCUCAAUCUCUCUCGAAUUGACAUCUCCACAAAUAUGGGCAGCGUUAUGGGCCAAACACUGUAAGAGCAUGAUUAACUCCUAAUUACUGUCUUGUUCAGGCGAAUUUCAGUUAGGGUAAUAAAUGAUUCUAGAAUUUCUCAAUUAGAGACUUAAGAAAUAGGAUUUUUUGUUUCUUGACUCGACUGUUAUUAAAGCUGAAAUCCACCAUUUCCUUUAGAGUAGCGUUGCGAUUAUUCGUCUUUUUUCUGUUAUUGAUCUCAUCUUAUGAAAAUUAAGGAUAAAGCUACCUUUUAGACUGCGAAUAAGAAAGGAAUGUUACAAUCAAAUAUUAUAUUAACGAUGAUAAUUUGUUGGCUUUUUUAUCGAAGUGUUAAAAUCAUUAUAAACUUUAGGUUUUCUCGUUAGACUUAUUUUUCCUUAUUUUAGUACCCCCUUCGACAGUUUGAAUGUAGGCUAACAAAUACAAUAGUUUCUUUCGGCGAAUAAGCACUUUUGUUUUCGUUUUACUUUUCUUUUAGCUGGAGCACGAGUGACCUUCGCUCGCAGUGUCACGUUACCUUGACUAACACGGGAAGGCGAGAGCUAAAAGGAACAGCCAGUGUGAGACAGGCGUUAUAUGAAGCACGGAGCGGGAUCGUUGGCGCACAUAUUGAAAUACAAGAGCUUAAAAUGCGAG